AUGACAAAUGUGCUCAGUGACAAUAACGCUGGGGUCCAGUACCACCACGUAGAGGAUCAGACAGCAGUGAGUUAGACAGGACUGAAAGAGCUGUUUAGUCACAAGCACAAAGUGGGAGCCAGUCCACUAACAGCUUGUUAGCACACAGCAGAAGAUGAGCAUGAUGGAUAGAGACAGGGUUUCAGUGCCAGGAGACCUGUUUAAUCCCUGUUAAUUGGCCCAGAAGAGUCACACAGCCUAGAUAAUUUUAGUGACACGACAUGUCCUCCUGAGUAGCACAUAGCCUACUCACACACAUGCACACACACACACUCACUAUGCACGUGACAUACACACAGAAGCUAUGUAAACACACUGGGCAGGAUACAAAUAAACAAGUACAUACAGUAGGGGAGCCCCAUACACCCCAACAUUCUGAGGGGGCACAAAGUACAUGAGGAUGGCUGGGGGGUGCCUCUCUACGGACCACCAUGUCCGGAAGUUGGAGAAUUAUGUCUUUUUCAAAGACCUGAAAUGACUUUUUCCUGCAAUCUAGAGCCAUAAUCAUUACGCUUAAUUCUAUGUCAAAGUAUGUUUAUUUAUCUGCAUAUCUAAGCAUACCUCUUGAGCUUUCUGUAUCCUCCUGACUGCUAAAAUAUUGAAAGGAAUGUGAGUCUUGUUCAGUACAUUUAGUAAUUGCUUGCCUUUCUAAGGUCUACUAACCUUGCCAGCAGGCAUGCCAGCUACGAUAGUUAGACAAGCUAGCUACUCUAACUUGAUUGAUAGCCUGAAAUGGCUUCCUGGUAGCCAGUUAUGAGGUUGGGAGAUUGGGAACCUAUCUGAGCUAGCUAAAGCCAACUUCAUAAAAUGUCUAGGUGGCUAGUAGUAUUACAGAGAAACACCCAACAACAAAAAAAGAACACUUUUUUUUCCCCUACAGGACAAAUAUGAGGGGGCACAUGCCCCUCUGCGUCCAAUGUGUAUGUACAGUAUUUACAUAAUGAACAUGUACACAAACACCUUUUCACAUGCAUAAACUCACACACAUACGCAUACACAGUUCAAAGAUGAAUAUAUUUUCACACUGUGAACAAAAUAUUUGCAGUGAGCACAUUCAUGCACAAACAUUUGACCGUCAUAUAUGUUUUUGUUACAUUUUUUCAAUAGCACUUUUGCAAUUGCACAAAACAUAAUUGAAUUAGUUCUGUGUGUAAUUGUACUGUAUUCCACGCUCUAUUUAAUAAUUGUAAUGGAGAUACUUUUCUGUUGGUAAUGUGUGUCUAACUAUAUCUGUAAAUAUAUCUAUAAAUAUAUCUACCCUCCCCCUACAUUAGAGUCCAGUUGACAGCAUCACACAUCACAUCAGCACAGAGAGAGAGGUGGUGGGUGGGGGUAUGUGUGUGUGUGUGUGUGUGUGUGUGUGUGUGUGUGUGUGUGUGUGUGUGUGUGUGUGUGUGUGUGUGUGUGUGUGUGUGUGUGUGAAUGUUCUUUUGCGUUCAUGCAUGCAUGUGUGUUUCAGUGUGUGCAUGUGUGUGAGUGUUUUGUUUGUUUUUGUAUACCAGAAUCUUCAAAAUGAUAGCAGCUGUGAUAUUAAUUGUGUCAAAACAAGUUUACAUUGUCCAAAAGAUGACUUCAUUACUGACAAUGGCCAGCAGAGAAAAGCAGAGAGUAACAUUGCUCUCCAUCUCUCACAAUAGAUCCCAAACCACCCCCUCGCCCCUACAAACUCGCUCGAAGGGCCCUCCAUUGUCACCUGUUGCUGACAAAACUCCAAGGGCGACUUCCAGAGAGUGGUGAGGGAAUCAUUAGCUGUGUUCAAGAGGAUCAAAUCAAAACCGCAAUGAAUCAUGGGUAAAUUGUGACUGACUCUGAUCUAUAAAUAAUAAUGAGUAGUUAUUUAUGAUGCAAGGUUCCUUGCAGAUCAGUCAGAUGGCUGUCGACUGCAUUGUCAGCUGCAAUGUCGAACAAGCCGAAUAAACUCAUCAACUUCGGGAAACACUCGUGGCUUGAAUGAUGCAAUUCAUGUUCCACUUUUAAAUAAUAAAACAAGCAUGACAUUCAAAUGAACAAAUCCCCCUGUCGUUUUGCAAGAUAUAAACCUCAGUAACAGUUAAACAUUUAAUUUGGGAGGUAAUUCAUCUUUUACAUGUCAGGUUUCGAAAUCCGACAUAACAAAUGCACGAGGCAUAUGAUUAGGCGCCUCUCCAUUCUUUUGUGUGAAAUUGCGCAAACUCAAAAAUAACACAGUGUCUUAUGGGAUUCCACUUCACUCUGAAGCCUGCAGCGUUGCUGGCUCGGUCAAAGUGGUUAUCGGCGGGUCUAAUUAGCCCCCACACCCUCCAUAAUUUUCACUCACUCAGCUUUGGGACACUUGUGCAUAUGGCGGCGGCACGCUUGAACAUGCAAAAGGAGGGCAGGGGGGUGGGGAGAAGGGGAAGGGGGUGAUUUGGGACUCACCUCACUCUUUGGCUAUGGGUCCCUCUCCUAUGACCUUCUCCUCCAAUGGGUUUUGAGAGGUAGGCGAGGAGAGAGGACGCAAGGAGCAUGCAAUUGAGAUUCACCCUCAGUCCCAAUUUAUCUUUCCAUCCUCCCAAAGUGUGCACUUGUUCACUUCCUUCACUGAUUUGAAAGAUAAUGACUCUGUGAUUAGGAUACAGUAUGUGGUUUACAGUUUUUUUGUCCCCCACAAUGAAAUCAGGGGAAGGGACUGUGGAUCUGUCUCCGUCCGUUAGUACAUUAGUCACAUGCCAUAUCUCAUACAGCACUGGCCCGAUUUCGAUGAAACUUGGGUGAAUGAUGCAUCUUGCCAUAGAGAUCCGGCAUUUACAACAUUACACUGAUUGGCCAGAUGGUGAAGAAAAUGCUAAUUUAAAAAGGUCACGCUCCUCACCCCGUUUGACGUAAAGUCAUGAAAUUCGGAACAUAGGUCCCUCUCCUCACAAGGAAACAUUUGCCUAAGGGCCCCAUAAGGUCCACCAUGAUGGAUUUUCCAACAUUUAGAAUUUUGUGAAAAACACUUUUUCUUCUGGCACCAAUUGACCGAUCUGCACGAAACUUGAUAUGUGGCAUCUAUGGACAAAGGUCUCUCAACGCAAUAUUUUCCAACUUAGUACCUAAAACAACAUUGGCCAAUAAACAUUCACAUGGGCGUGGUCUGGAAACAUAAAUGCAUAUAAAUCAGUCAAGGAUAUUUGUAUUGUAACAAACUUUGGUACACAUGUUGCAAACCCUGUCAAGACUCAACAUAAGCAAGAACAUUCAUAUCAACCACAAGGUGAUGCAAUAAUGGGCACAUGUUUAUAUCUCUUGAUCUGUUUGACUCAGUGAUGAAAUUUGGCACACAUACUCAGGGAUACGAGUCUAGCUAACUCAUGCGAUAUCUCAGUCACCACUGGCCCGAUUUUGACGAAACUUGGGUGAAUGAUGUGUCUUGCCAUAGAGAUCCUACAUUUACAAAAUGACACUAAUUGGCCCAAGGGGGUGCUAUAAUAAUCAACUGUAUGUACAUUAGUCACACGUGAUAUCUCAGACACCAAUGCCCCCGAUUUUGAUGGAACUUGGGUGAAUGAUGGUGUCGUGCCAUAGAGAUCUGUCAUUUACAAAAUUGCACUGAUUGGCCCAAGGGGGAGCUAUAGAAAUUAACAGAAAUGUGUUAGUCACACGCAAAAAAAAAGAAAAAGAUGCAUGUUUCAAAAUAGCACUUUGAAUGUAGUAUACUACAGUACUGUAAAUUGAGUACAUUACACUGUUUUCACAUUAGGCAAUACACUUGCACUACCCAUUAAAAUUGACUGAACAUCACAUUUCCAUAAUUUCGAUCCCAUGUUUGAUCAAAGGUGUGAUCAUUGAAGAAAUCUUACACAAUGUAAUCAAAUGAAAGACAUUAAAGAAAUGAAAUAAACUGUCUUGAGCAUUUGGCAAUAGGUUCUCAUCGACAUCACAGUAAAUAUCCUCAUUGUUCAUGCACCUGGGGAAAAUCCUUUUGGCAUGGCGAAUCCAAGGCUGACAUAGGAAAUUGAAAUCAUUGCAUGCCUCAUCCAUGGCCUGAAGGAGGCUGGUACACUCGUGGAGAUGGCAAUCAUACAUCUUCUAUCUGUAUUGUAAUCCCCCCCCCCACCCAUUGAAAAAACGGUUACAUUUUUUUUACAUUUUAGUCAUUUAGCAGACGCUCUUAUCCAGAGCGACUUACAGGAGCAAUUAGGGUUAAGUGCCUUGCUUAAGGGCACAUCGACAGAUUUUUCACCUAGUCAGCUCUGGGAUUAGAACCAGCGACACAACGCUCUUACCCACUAAGCUACCUGCCGCCCUGUUACAGUUCAUAUGAGGAAAUCAGUCAAUUGAAAUAAAUUCAUUAGGCCCUAAUCUAUGGAUUUCACAUGACUGGGAAUACAGAUAUGCAUCUGUUAGUCACAGAUACCUUUAAAAAAAAGUAGGGUUGUGGAUCAGAAAACCAGUCAGUAUCUGGUGUGACCCCCACUUGUCUCUUGCAGCGCGACACAUCUCCUUCACAUAGAGUUGGUCAGGCUGUUGAUUGCGGCCUGUAGAAUAUUGUCCCACUCCUCUUCAAUGGCUGUACAAAGUUGCUGGAUAUUGGCAGGAACUGGAACACGGUGUCGUACACGUUGAUCCAGAGCAUCCCAAACAUGCGCAAUGGGUGACAUGUCUGGUGAGUAUGCAGGCCAUGGAAGAACUGGGACAUUUUCAGCUUCCAGGAAUUGUGUAUAGAUCCUUGCGACAUGAGGUGAUGGCGGCGGAUGAAUGGCACGACAAUGGGCCACCUGUCAGGUGGAUGGAUUAUCUUGGCAAAGGAGAAAUGCUCACUAACAGGGAUGUAAACAAAAUUGUACACAACAUUUGAAAGAAAUAUGUUUUUUGUGCAUAUGGAAAAUGUCUGGAAUCUUUAAUUUCAGCUCAUGAAACAUGGGACCAACACUUUACAUGUGGUGUUUCUAUUUUUGUUCAGUGUAGAUAAAACACUGAUUAAGUUUGGUGAAAAGUGACUGGAUGAUUCUGUGUGUUGUGUUUAGUCAACUGAAAAUGUGCUUAGAGUUUUGAAACAACUGCCUUUUUGAUUAUCUGUUUUGAGUUUUGUACUAAGACUUGUGAACAUUUUCCAUAUACUUGAAAAUUGCACCAAAGCUAAAAACGGUACUAAGACCUGUAGAGCCCAUCUACUGUAUUAUGUAUACACUUGAGUCAGUCAGUGAUGUCUUUUGAUACACAACUGUUAGAUGAUACUGGUCAUACAGUGAUUGGAUCCCAGCUGUCAGCCACAGCAUCAUCUGCAUUGCAAACAACGCACCCCUGCAUUGCAAACAACUCACCCCAAGGGCAACUCCCGCAUUUACGCAGCAGACAAAGCUAAUGUGUAUUUUAUCACAUUUUCAACCACAACAAUGUCUUCCUCAAUAAUAAGGUGAUUAAACAAAGAAACAUGGAAGCAAUCCACUAUCAAAAUCAUUAUUUUAGGUCACAUAUCACAGUCUCUUACAUUAUUAAUAACGAGGUAAUCAACAUACAAUGGACGGUUACAUAAUGUCUCAGCUGCUAUUGUUUACUGAGUACUUGACAUUUCCUCGCUUGGUCAAUCAUUAGAAAGGCCUGUGUCUAUUUUUGUCAUGGAAAAUGCAAGACAAUUGUCGUGUAUUGAGAUUAUGACGUUGUUAAAUGUUUUUAAGUGGAACUGAAAGAAUGUUAAUUUUAGUAUCAAGAGGGAAUGUUUUAGUGUAACGCCACAUACAACAGACAGGAAGUGUGGUGUAGACAGGGGAUUGGACAGUAGAGGGAGCCACCCACAUCUUGGGGAGUUUAUAUAUACUGGGGGAAAAACGAAGAAGAGUCAGAAGCGUUCAGAUUAAUUUGGGAAACGGGGCUUCUCCAGACUUCGCGGGUCUGUAACUUAUGCUGUAACCGUGUGAUAUUAAUAAAAGCCUCUAAAACACGGUGCAGCCUAAGCGGACUCUUUGUUGACAGCAAUAAUUGCCACCAUUCACCCGAUACGACAAAUGUCUGUAUGAUCCAUGGAAUGAGUACUAAAAGACUGACAGCUGUGAGAUGAACACUUCAGAUGUCCACUGUUUGGAUCCUUGGGAUUAACUGUUCUCCCAUGGUUUACUUUAUCUCCUAGAACAUACAGUGAGGGGAAAAAGUAUUUGAUCCCCUGCUGAUUUUGUACGUUUGCCCACUGACAAAGACAUGAUCAGUCUAUACUUUUAAUGGUAGGUUUAUUUGAACAGCGAGAGACAGAAUAAAAAAACAAAAAUCCAGAAAAUGUCACAAAUGUUAUAAAUCGAUUUGCAUUUUAAUGAGGGAAAUAUGUAUUUGACCCCUCUGCAAAACAUGACUUAGUACUUGGUGGAAAAACCCUUGUUGGCAAUCACAGAGGUCAGGCAUUUCUUGUAGUUGGCCACCAGGUUUGCACACAUCUCAGGAGGGAUUUUGUCCCACUCCUCUUUGCAGAUCUUCUCCAAGACAUUAAGGUUUCGAGGCUGACGUUUGGCAACUCGAACCUUCAGCUCUCUCCCCAGAUUUUCUAUGGGAUUAAGGUCUGGAGACUGGCUAGGCCACUCCAGGACCUUAAUGUGCUUCUUCUUGAGCCACUCCUUUGUUGCCUUGGCCGUGUAUUUUGGGUCAUUGUCAUGCUGGAAUACCCAUCCACGACCCAGUUUCAAUGCCCUGGCUGAGGGAAGGAGGUUCUCACCCAAGAUUUGACGGUACAUGGCGCCGUCCAUCGUCCCUUUGAUGCGGUGAAGUUGUCCUGUCCCCUUAGCAGAAAAACAGCCCCAAAGCAUAAUGUUUCCAUCUCCAUGUUUGACGGUGGGGAUGGUGUUCUUGGGGUCAUAGGCAGCAUUCCUCCUCCUCCAAACACGGCGAGUUGAGUUGAUGCCAAAGAGCUCGAUUUUGGUCUCAUCUGACCACAACACUUUCACCCAGUUCUCCUCUGAAUCAUUCAGCUGUUCAUUGGCAAACUUCAGACGGGCUUGUAUAUGUGCUUUCUUGAGCAGGGGGACCUUGCUGGCACUGCAGGAUUUCAGUCCUUCACGGCGUAGUGUGUUACCCAUUGUUUUCUUGGUGACUAUGGUCCCAGCUGCCUUGAGAUCAUUGACAAGUUCCUCCCGUGUAGUUCUGGGCUGAUUCCUCACCGUUCUCAUGAUCAUUGCAACUCCACAAGGUGAGAUCUUGCAUGGAGCCCCAGGCAGCGGGAGAUUGACAGAAUUUUUGUGUUUCUUCCAUUUGCGAAUAAUCGCACCAACUGUUGUCACCUUCUCACCAAGCUGCUUGGCGAUGGUCUUGUAGCCCAUUCUAGCCUUGUGUAGGUCUACAAUCUUGUCCCUGACAUCCUUGGAGAGCUUUCUGGUCUUGGCCAUUGUGGAGAGUUUGGAAUCUGAUUGAUUGAUUGCUUCUGUGGACAGGUGUGUUUUAUACAGGUAACAAGCUGAGAUUACGAGCACUCCCUUUAAGAGUGUGCUCCUAAUCUCAGCUCGUUACCUGUAUAAAAGACACCUGGGAGCCAGAAAUCUUUCUGAUUGAGAGGGGGUUAAAUACUUAUUUCCCUCAUUAAAAUGCAAAUCAAUUUAUAACAUUUUUGACAUGCGUUUUUCUGGAUAUUUUUGUUGUUAUUCUGUCUCUCACUGUUCAAAUAAACCUACCAUUAAAAUUAUAGACUGAUCAUUUCUUUGUCAGUGGGCAAAUGUAGAAAAUCAGCAGGGGAUCAACAUUUUUUCCCUCACUGUAUGUCAAUAAACAUGCUUCUCAAGGACCAAAAUAUAUGUUGUGUUUUAUUUAUAUGAGGUUAGAGGGGCAGUGGCACAGUGGCACAGGAAGAUUUUACUGGGGUUCAGAUCAAUAAAGCUGUUUUAGUAGACAGCUUGUCCACAUCCACUGACAUUUGUCCACAUCACACUACAUUUUCAUGUCCUGGAGGAUAUUCUCUAACCCAGUCAGCCUUGUUAGUUACAUUCAACUUGCCUAAUACUCUCUUCUCUGUCGUCCAGCCUCUGGCCUGUGAAGGUUCAGAUCAGUUCUCUGCAAGCAUGUUCGUCUCUGUCCGCCCCUUGAUGAAGUCAGUUUUUAGCGCACCUAUUUCUGGUUAAAGACGCACUCCAACAAUUGUUUUACUUUUUCUGUUGAAAAACAAUAUGUCACAUAUAUAUACAGUAAUAUACACACACUUACAGGUAAAAACAUAUGUUUAGAGCAAAAUUUAGUUUUUUAGACAAGCGCAAACUUCAAAUAGUAGGCCGUUCAAGGAGUUGGUCUGAUGGUGCCCUGUGAUGUAAUCAGCCUCCCCCCUGCUUGAGGAACAAUAGAGGAGCAAUACAGAACAAAAGAGGAAAGGCCCAUCCCCCCACUUGUGCCAUGUCAUGAGGAUACCUGGACCACCUAUUGAGAUGUACAUUUUCUUAAGUAAAUCAGGUGAUAAAUUAGGUGAAAAGGAGACUGGAGUGCGACUUCAAACAUAUAGGCCUCUCUGAUUCUCAUGCAUCCUCAUCCGCUGUAUUUACAGGACUAACGGCUCCCUAUUGUCACAAGUGUAGAGAGGAGUAGGCAGGAGGCAGUCGCAGAUUUAGAACUACUGAAUUUAUUAAAGCACCAUAGCUUAAAGCGGGACGUAACCCACAGUUCAAAAUAUAAAGUACUCAGUAAAUAGUAGGAGAGAUUCCUCUCAGGAAAACAAGCAACAUAUACAAUGACCAACAAAGACAAAUGACAGCGGGAGUAUAUGUAUACAGUAAUAGGAUGGGGAUUGGAACCAGGUGUGUGUAAUGAUGACGAGACAAGGCCGGGGUUGAUGAGUGAAGGGCGUUUGCCAGCAGCAGGUUAGGCAGCAGCUAGAAGGCCGGGAACGCCGAACACCUGAGCUGGACAGGAGAGGGAGCCAAAGCGAAGGCUGGUGUGACACCUAUGGGAUAGGAAGAUAAAAAUAAUGAUUUUUUUGUUAGCAUCAAAUACUAUCGUUCCCACCUGUCGAUGAGUGUUUAUGCACAAUAAUCACCAAUCCCAGUUAGUGUGUUGUGUUUGUAUCAGUGCAUAAGUACAUGUGUGCCUGCGUGCGUGUGUGUGUGUGUGUGUGUGAGAAAGAGAGAAACAGACAAAAUAGAGAAAGAAAGACAGAGAGAGAGCACUUGUCAUUUAAUUGUUUGAUAUGAUUUAUUUCUCAUCCCACUGACGUAACUAUAAUCCAAUUGAAUAGGAGGAUGUAGACAAUAAACACUGAGAAAGAUGACAGGGAGAGAAAGGGGAAUGGCAAUGAGGGAGACUGACAGGAGGAGGGAGUGAGCAAACAAAGGACAGGAAGAGAGAGCGAGAGAGAAAGAGAGAUAGUGAGGGGGGGGAGGGUGUAGACACCAGACAGAAGCAGAUCAAAUCAAAAUCAAAUCAAAUCAAUUUUUAUUUGUCACAUACAUGUGUUUAGCAGAUAUUAUUGUGGGUGUAGCGAAAUGCUUGUGCUUAUAGCUCCGACAGUGCAGUAAUAUCUAACAAGUAAUACCUAACAAUUUCACAACAUAUAACCAAUACACACAAAUCUAAGUAAGAAUGGAAUUUAAGAAUAUAUACAUAUAUGGACAAGCAAUGACAGAGCGGCAUGGACUACGAUACAGUAGAAUAUUAUAGGAUACAGUAUAUACUGUACAUAUGAGAUGAGUAGUGCAAGAUAUGUAAACAUUAUUAAAUUGACUAGUGUUCCAUUUCUUAAAGUGCCCAGUGAUUUCAAUAGGCAGCAGCAGCCUCUAAUGUGCUAGUGAUGGCUAUUUAACAGUCUGAUGGCCUUGAGAUAUAAGCUGUUUUUCAUGCUCUCUGUCCCAGCUUUGAUGCACCUGUACUGACCUCGCCUUCUGGAUGAUAGCGGGGUGAACAGGCAGUGGUUUGUGUGGUUGAUGUCCUUGAAUAUUUUCUUGGCCUUCCUGUGACAUCGGGUGUUGUAGGUGUCCUGGAGGGUGGGUAGUUUGCCCCCGGUAAUGCGUUCGGCAGACCGCAACACCCUCUGGAGAGCCCUGCGGUUGCGGGUGGUGCAGUUGCCGUACCAGGCGGUGAUACAGCCCGACAGGAUGCUCUCAAUUGUGCAUCUGUAAAAGUUUGUGAGGGUUUUAGGUGCCAAGCCAAAUUUCUUCAGCCUCCUGAGGUUGAAGAGGCUCUGUUGCGCCUUCUUCACCACACUGUCUGCGUGGGUGGACCAUUUCAGUUUGUCAGUGAUGUGUAAGCCAAGGAACUUGAAGCUUUCCACAUUCUCCACUGCGGUCCCGUCGAUGUGGAUAGGGGGGUGCACCCUCUGCUGUUUCCUGAAGUCCACGAUCAUCUCCUUUGUUUUGUUGACGUUGAGUGAGAGGUUAUUUUCCUGGUACCACACUCCCAGAGCCCUCACCUCCUCCCUGUAGGCUGUCUCGUCAUUGUUGGUAAUCAAGCCUGCUACUGUUGUGUCGUCUGCAAACUUGAUGAUUGAGUUGGAGGCGUGCUUGGCCACACAGUCAUGGGUGAACAGGGAGUACAGGAGGGGGCAUAUACAUUUCUGAUAGAGUUGGUCUUCUGCAGUUCGGAGAAGUCUCAGGCUCAGAUGUGUACAGUAUAUUUGUGCAUUUGUGUGCCUUGGUGUGUGUCCAUGCAAGUGCGCGUUUGUGUAUGUGGGCUGACAGCAUUUUAACUACUUUGCAGAUAUGAAACAAACAGACAAUCAUAAUAUCUGUCAAAAAUAUCAAAUUCCAAGUUUAUGCUACAAAACCAACUUUAUAAGAGGUUUUAAAAAUAGGUUAUAUUUGACUAAAAAUUCCAUGACGUACAGUAAGGCAUUGUUGGCAGAAUAGACACAGUGCAUUUGGAAAGUAUUCAGACCCCUUGACUUUUUCCAUAUUUUGUUACGUUACAACCUUGUUCUAAAAUUGAUUAAAUAAAACAUUUUCCUCGUCAAUCUACACAAUACCACAUCAUGACAAAGCAAAAACAGUUUUUUUAGAAAUAUUUAAUACUUUAUUGAAAAUAAAAAGUAUUUACAUAAGUAUUCACACCCUUUGCUAUGAGACUCGAAAUUGAGCUCAGGUGCAUCCUGUUUCCAUUGAUCAUCCUUGAGAUGUUUAUACAACUUUAUUGGGAGUCCACCUGGGGUAAAUUAACUGAUUGGACAUUAUUUGGAAAGGCAUACACCUGUCUAUAUAAAUUCCCACAGUUGACAGUGCAUGUCAGAGCAAAAAACAAGCCAUGAGGUUGAAGAAAUGUCUGUAGAGCUCCGAGACAGGAUUGUGUCGAGGCACAGAUCUGGGGAAGGGUACCAAAACAAUUCUGCAGCAUUGAAGGUCCCCAAGAACACAGUGGCCUCCAUCAUUCUUACAUGGAAGAAGUUUGGAACCACCAAGACUCUUCCUAGAGCUGGCCGCCUGGCCAAACUGAGCUCUGAUGAAACCAAGAUUGAACUCUUUGGCCUGAAUGCCAAGCGUCACGUCUGGAGGAAACCUGGCACCAUCCCUAUGGUGAGGCAUGGUGGAGGCAGCAUCAUGCUGUGGGAUGAUUUCCAGCUGCAAGGACUGGGAGACCAGUCAGGAUCGAGGGAAAGAUGAACGGAGCAAAGAACAGAAAGAUCCUUGAUGAAAACCUGCUCCAGAGCGCUCAGGACCUCAGACUGGGGUGAAGGUUCACCUUCCAACAGGACAACGACCCUAAGCACACUGCCAAGACAAUGCAGGAUUGGCGUUGGGACAAGUCUCUGAAUGUCCUUGAGUGGCCCAGCCAGAGCCCGGACUUGAACCGUAUCAAACAUCUCUGGAGAGACCUGAAAAUAGCUGUGCAGCGAUGCUCCCCAUCCAACCUGACAGAGCUUAAGAGGAUCUGCAGAGAAGAAUUGGAGAAACUCCCCAAAUACAGGUGUGCCAAGCUUGUAGCGUCUGAUAGAUUAAUUAUUAAUGACUAAUUAUUACACGCUGAAACUGUGUGAAAUGUGUUAGAAUGUGUGAGUGUAGGACCAGUAAAGACUAUGACAUUGAGCUACUAUUUAGCAAUGUGAGUAAGAGUUAGACCAGACAACAAAGGACAAGGAGAACUGUCUACAGGCAACUGAGAAACCAAGAUAACUGAGGAAUUUAGGGAGGAGAGAAACUGUUAGGCUUGGAAGAGUGCAUGUGUGUGUGUGUGUGUGUGUGUGUGUGCUGAUGGUCAGGAGAGCAGUUUUAAAGUGGAAAACUACAGCCCGCCUACAGAGAGGAGGGAUUUUUGUAUGACAUAUGAGUAUAAAAGAUGGACUCUGAAAUUGUGAUGGCAGAAUUCUCAAUGAAUAAAUCUCUGACUAUGCAGACCGGGACUCUGUCCGUUACUCAUAUCCCAAAAGACUUACAACCUUUUGGGAGACGCACAGAGACACUGAAAUAGUUUGUUAAAUAAUUCACAUAACACGUCAUACCCAAGAAGACUUGAGGCUGUAAUCGCUGCCAAAGGUGUUUCAACAAAGUGAUGAGUAAAGGGUCUGAAUACUUACUCAACCGGUCAAAAAUUCAUUCAAGAGUUUUUCUUUAUUUUUACUAUUUUCUAUAUUGUAGAAUAAUAGGUAAGACAUCAAAACCAUGAAAUAACACAUAUGGAAUCAUGUACAGUGGCUUGCAGAAUUAUUCACCCCCGUUGGCAUUUUUCCUAUUUUGUUGCCUUACAACCUGGAAUUGAAAUCGAUUUUUUUGGGAGUUUGUAUCUUUUGAUUUACACAACAUGCCUACCACUUUGAAGAUACAAAAUAUUUUUUUCCUGUGAAACAAACAAGAAAUAAGACAAAAAAACAGAAAACUUGAGCGUUCAUAACUAUUCACCCCCCCAAAGUCAAUAGUUUGUUGAGCCACCUUGUGCAGCAAUUACAGCUGCAAGUCUCUUGGGAUAUGUCUCUAUAAGCUUGGCACAUCUAGCCACUGGGAUUUUUGCCCAUUCUUCAAGGAAAAACUGCUCCAGCUCCUUCAAGUUGGAUGGGUUCCGCUGGUGUACAGCAAUCUUUAAGUCAUACCACAGAUUCUCAAUUGGAUUGAGGUCUGGGCUUUGACUAGGCCAUUCCAAGACAUUUAAAUGUUUCCCCUUAAACCAUUCAAGUGUUGCUUUAGCAGUAUAUUUAGGGUCAUUGUCCUGCUGGAAGGUGAACCUCCGUCCCAGUCUCAAAUUCUGGAGGACUGAAACAGGUUUCCCUCAAGAAUUUCCCUGUAUUUAGUGCCAUCCAUCAUUCCUUCAUUUCUGACCAGUUUCCCAGUCCCUGCCGAUGAAAAACAUCCCCACAGCAUGAUGCUGCCUCCACCAUGGAUGGUGUUCUCGGGGUGAUGAGAGGUGUUGGGUUUGCACCAGACAUAGCGUUUUCCUUGAAGUCCAAAAAGCUCAAUUUUAGUCUCAUCUGACCAGAGUACCUUCUUCCAUAUGUUUGGGGAGUCUCCCACAUGCCUUUUGGUGAACACCAAACGUUUUUGCUUAUUUUUUACUUCAAGCAAUGGCUUUUAUCUGGCCAUUCUUCCCUAAAGCACAGCUCUGUGGAGUGUACGGCUUAAAGUGGUCCUAUGGACAGAUACUCCAAUCUCCACUGUGGAGCUUUGUGGCUCCUUCAUGGUUAUCUUUGGUCUCUUUGUUGUCUCUCUGAUUAAUGCCCUCCUUGCCUGGUCCGUGAGUUUUGGUGGGCGGCUCUCUCUUGGCAGGUUUGUUGUUUGUCAUGGUGCCGCUUGCUUGGUGGUGCCCCUUGCUUAGAGGUUUUGCAGACUCUGGGGCCUUUCAGAACAGGUGUAUAUAUACUGAGAUCAUGUGACAGAUCAUGUGACACUUAGAUUGCACACAGGUGGAUUUUAUUUAACUAAUUAUGUGACUUCUGAAGGUAAUUGGUUGCACCAGAUCUUAUUUAGGGGCUUCAAAGCAAAGGGGGUGAAUACACAUACACGCACCACUUUUCCGUUAUUAAUUUUUUUGAAUUCUUUGAAUCAAGUUAUUUUUUUCAUUUCACUUCACCAAUUUGGACUAUUUUGUGUAUGUCCAUUACAUGAAAUCCAAAUAAAAAUCUAUUUAAAUUUCAGGAUGUAAUGCAACAAAAUAGGAAAAACGCCAAGGGGAUGAAUACUUUUGCAAGGCACUGUAGUAACAAAAAAACUGUUAAACAAAUCAAAAUAUAUUUGAGAUUUGAGAUUCUUCAAAGUAGCCAAAUUUGCCUUGAUGACAGCUUUGCACCCUCUUGGCAUUCUCUCAACCAGCGUCAUGAGGUAGUCACUUGGAAUGCAUUUUGAUUAACAGGUGUGCCUUCUUAACAGUUACUUUGUGGAAUUGGUUUAUUUCUUAAUGCGUUUGAGCCAAUCAGUUGUGUUGUGACAAGGUAGGAGGGGUAUAACCUAUUUGGUAAAAGACCAAGUCCAUAUUAUGGCAAGAACAGCUCAAAUAAGCAAAGAGAAACGACAGUCCAUCAUUACUUUAAGACAUGAAGCUCAGUCAUUCCGGAAAAUUUCAAGAACUUUGAAAGUUUCUUCAAGUGCAGUCGCAAAUACCAUCAAGCGCUAUGAUGAAACUGGCUCUCAUGAGGACCGCCACAGGAAUGGAAGACCCAGAGUUACCUCUGCUGCAGAAGAUACAUUCAUUAGAGUUACCAACCUCAGAAAUUGCAGCCCAAAUAAAUGCUUCACAGAGUUCAAGUAACAGACACAUCUCAUCAUCAACUGUUCAGAGGAGACUGUGUGAAUCAGGCCUUCAUGGUCGAAUUGCUGCACAGAAAACCACUACUAAAGGACACCAAUAAUACGAAGAGACUUGCUUGGGCCAAGAAACACGAGCAAUGGACAUUAGACCGGUGGAAAUUUGUCCUCUGGUCUGGAGUCCAAAUUUGAGAUUUUUGGUUCCAACCGCUGUGUCUUUGUGAGACGUGGUGUGGGUGAACGGAUGAUCUCUGCAUGUGUACUUCCCACCGUAAAGCAUGGAGGAGGAGGUGCUAUGGUGUGGGGGUGCUUUGCUGGUGACACUGUCUGUGAUUUAUUUAGAAUUCAAGGCACACUUAACCAGCAUGGCUACCUCAGCAUUCUGCAGCGAUACGCCAUCCCAUCUGGUUUGGGCUUAGUGGGACUCUCAUUUGUUUUUCAACAGGACAAUGACCCAACACACCUCCAGGCUGUAUAAGGGCUAUUUUACCAAGAAGGAGAGUGAUGGAGUGCUGCAUCAGAUGACAUGGUCUCCACAAUCCCUCGACCUCAACCCAAUUGAGAUGGUUUGGGAUGAGUCGGACAGCAGAGUGAAGGAAAAGCAGCCAACAAGUGCUCUGCACAUGUGGGAACUCCUUCAAGACAGUUGGAAAAGCAUUCCAGGUGAAGCUGGUUGAGAGAAUGCCAAGAGUGUGCAAAGCUGUCAUAAAGGCAAAGGAUGGCUAUUUGAAGAAUCUCAAAUAUAAAAUAUAUUUUGAUUUGUUUAACACUUUUUUGGUUACUACAUGAUUCCAUAUGUGUUCAUUCAUUGUUUUGAUGUCUUCACUAUUAUUCUACAAUGUAGAAAAUAGUCAAAAUAAAGAAUAACCCUUGAAUGUGGAAGUGUUCUAAAACGUUUGACCGUUUCAACUCCAGACGAAUGUAACUAAGGCUGUGAAUGUCAAUUCAAUCAAACUAGCAAGGGCAAUGAUCACAAGUCAGUCAUAACAUGGCUAAUAGGCUAGAGUAUCUACUAAUGUAGCUCUUUAUUUAGCAAGCUAAAAACACAGAGCCUAAUGUUAGCUAGCUAGCUGCUGGGAUGAUGUCAUGUCAUUGGAGGAGUGGGUGACUGACCGACUUUUUCCCCUCAUAUCGUUUUUCGGUGGCUAAAGCUAGAAUGUGAAUUGCUUUACUAGCUAGCUAUGCUGAACUUGAACAACUUUUAUCCAGUUAACAUAUCUCUUGCGUUCGUAUAUUCACUCUGGCUUUCUACUCCGAUUUCAGAGCACUCUUAUCUGAGUGUGUCAGAGCGCAGAAUAACUGAUGAAUUUACGAACACGCAACACUCGCUGAAUAUGACCGGUGUCAGUAAACAUAUGCAAAGAAAGUAACAGUAAGUCACGAAUGCUCUAGAUAACAGGUAAACAGCCUAAUCAGCUCUGCUAGGGCGAGUAAAAUUGUCAGAGUGAGGUGUUCUCUCAAUUGUGUCUGGAAGUAGCUAGCCAACUUUAGCCAGUUCGGUGCUUGACUGCUGUUGUGAGGAAUGCUCGGAUCAACCCUACUCCUCGGCCAGAGCGUCCAGUGUCAAUCGUACAGUGUGCACUCUGAACACUUGGAGAGCGAAGCACUCUGAAUUUACGAACGACCCAGAGCGCACUCUGACACACUGGAGGCAAUUUAUGAACGCACCCUUAGCUAGUUGUCAAUCAAAUGUAUUUGGCAUUGAUCAAAUGGGCGGGCAGGCAGGCAAGUUCCCAUUUAUGCUCUCAGGAAAAGGGUGCCAUUGAAAGGCGUGAUUACUUGGGUAGCGGUAAAUGUGAAAGUUGACCAACUGAAGGCGAAGAUUCCCAGUGUUUGUGAUGCUCGUCAUUUGGUGCGACGCAGACAGGGUGGCGUGAGUGGUGAAACAGAAGAGUCGUUGUCUGUUCUUGAGUUUUGAUGUUGAGUCUUUGCCCGACAAAGUGAUGUUAGGAUAUAUAAAUUAUCCUGUACAAGCCUUUGUGCCGAAUGCAUUACGUUGUUACAGGUGUCAAGUUUAUGGGCAUGUGGCAGCAGUGUGUAGGAGGGAUGUUCCUAGGUGUGAAAAGUGUGCAGAAGGGCAUGAGACAAAGGAAUGUGUAGCAUUGGGGAAAGUGGUGGUUUGUGUUAAUUGUAGGGUGCCCAUUGGGCUGGGGAUCCGAAAUGUCACGUGCGAGAGAGGCAGGUUGAGGUUUCCAGGGUUAGAGUAGUGCAGAAGUUGUCAUAUGCUGAGGCAGUGAAGAAAGUAGAGGAAGAUGGGUCAAGGGGGAGGGAUCCUGAGAGGAGUGGUGUGAGUAGUAGAUCUGUACCAGUACAGAGGGAUAAACCAACAAGUGAUAUAUGUUUCAGUAAGAUUGGAUUUUUAGCAUUUAUAGCAAUGGUUAUCAACUGUACUGCAGGGAUGAAACGUAAGUCGCAGAAAAUUGAUGUUGUGGUGGCAGCUGCAGAGAGGUAUUUGGGUGUGCGAGACUUGAUGUCAGAAGAGUUACAGGGAGUGUUAAGUGGUGGUGUCCCAUCCUUUCAGGCUGUUGGCCUGAAGUAGGACUAAAUAGAUUUAAAUAGUGGAGUAGGGUGUUUAUUUUUAAUUUAUUUGUGAGUGUAGUUUUAGAUGGUACGGUAUUUGUUUAUUUAUUUUUCAAGCAAAGUAUAAGGAAGUUAUACUCCAGUCUAGUAGAUGGCGGUAAUGCAACAUUUAUUGGAUGGCAACCGCCGUUAAACCUCAUCGAAGAAGAAGAAGAAGUUCCCAUUCAGUUGUCAAAACGUGGGUUGGGACAAGCAUGCAUUGGCAGGCAAGCUGCAGAAGGACGAGAAGGCUACUAUUCCCCUUCGUUUAUCAGUGCAAUUUUGACAGCCAACUAGCUGAAAAAAGUUUGAGGGUUUAUCUAAUGUUCACUCAUUAGAUUUGAGCUCAUCUUGCUCUGGCUAGCAUUAGUUGUUGAUCUUGUUGAUGUGCAUAACUGAAGGAGAGUGCCUACCUCCCGUGGUAUUUACAUAUUUGCUGAAAUCCAUUCAGGUGUAUUUUGUGGCUUUUGGCGAAUGUGUUCUAAUGAUCUAAAGUCGCGCUGUUGCUACUGCCUGUAAACACAGUGCUGUUCAAGGUGAAUGAUGGCAGUCCGGCCUACUGUAGUUCUGAUUGGCUACGGCGCACCGGUCUGCGUAGACACCGAGCCUGAAUGAGACAGAUGUUUUUAUUUGAUUUUAUUUACUGCGGUGUCUAUUAAUUUUCCUAAUGUACAGUCAGUUUUCCAGUCUAUAUUGCUAUAGAAUUUCACUAUACCUCAUUACCAAACAUUCUAAGAAUUUAUGAAAACAUGAAAAUUACCAUAUCUAAGUGCUUGCUUGUCAAAAAAUUUAAAAUACUAAAAGGUGUCAUUCUUCCUGGGGGUGUAUAUGAACAGAUAUUAAUAAGAUUUCAUGAUGCUAAAAAGCUGUCAGUUCCACUUUGUGUUCUGUUGUGUGAUGACAACAUUUUUGGGAUCUUGUACCCUGCCAAUAAUGUUUUUUUUUAAAGACAUAAAUAAGUGCAUGUGACAUGACAAACGUAAUACUUUCCCUUGUAAAAAAUAUAUGUAUGAUACUAGUAACAACUUGGUUGUCUUUCUGAUAAAAUGUAACACAUUCGCUAAAUACCUUUAUGGUUUGAAAAUGAUACAAUGUAUACAUUGAGGUAAAUUGUAAUAAAUAAUUGUGGACAAAAAAUAUUUUAAAUACAUUCCUAUUAUUAAAUCAUAGAUAAAACGGAUCAAUUGGCAUAGGGUGGGCAUUACACAUAGGGCCAACACAAUGAACUCAUGGGGUCCAAAUGGGCCCAAUAAGGGCAGCCGAUCCAAACGGUGGGCUUAUUUAAGGCGAAGAUAGGGCUGCACUUGGGGCCACCUGCCAUGGGGCCAUUGUGAAGCCGAUGAGCAAAGGCGCAUCGGUCCAAUGUGGGCAGCCUACAUAGGGACAAUAUUUUAGCCCGCAUUGGGCCCACAUCACAUUUGAUAUACAGCACCUUUGGAAAGUUUUCAGACCCCUUGACUUUUUCAAAAUGUUGUUACGUUACAGCUUUAUUCUAAAAUUGAUGUUAGAUCGGUUUCAAGUCCGGGCUCUGGCUGGGCCACUCAAGGACAUUCAGAGACAUGUCCCGAAGCCACUCCUGCGUUGUCUUGGCUGUGUGCUUACGGUCGUUGUACUGUUGGAAGGUAAACCUUCGCCCCAGUCUGAGGUCAUGAGCGCUCUGGAGCAGGUUUUCAUCAAGGAUCUCUCUAUACUUUGCUCCAUUCAUCUUUCCCUCGAUCCUGACUAGUCUCCCAGUCCCUGCCGCUGAAAAAUAUCCCCACAGCAUGAUGCUUCCACCACCAUGCUUCACCGUAGGGAUGGUACCAGGUUUCCUCCAGACGUGACGCUUGGCAUUUAGGCCAAAUAGUUCAAUCUUGGUUUCAUCACACCAGAGAAUCUUGUUUCUCAUGGCCUGAGAGUCUUUAGGUGCCUUUUGGCAAACUCCAAGCAGGCUGUCAUGUGACUUUUAAUGAGGAGUGGCUUCCGUCUGGCCACUCUACCAUAAAGGCCUGAUUGGUGGAGUGCUGCAGAGAUGGUUGUCCUUCUGGACGGUUCUACCAUCUCCACAGAGGAACUCUGGAGCUCCGUCAGAGUGACCAUUGGGUUCUUGGUCACCUCUCUGACCAAGGCCCUUCUCCCCCGAUUGCUCAGUUUGGCCAGGUGGCCAGCUCUAGGAAGGUGGUUCCAAACUUCUUCCAUGUAAGAAUGAUGUAGGCCACUGUGUUCUUGGGGACUGUCAAUGCUGCAGACAUGUUUGGGUACCCUUCCCCAGAUCUUUGCACCGACACAAUCCUGUCUCGGAGUGCUACAGACAAUUCCUUCGACCUCAUGGCUUGGUUUUUGCUCUGACUGUGGGACCUUAUAUAGACAGGUGUGUGCCUUUCCAAAUCAUGUCCAAUCAAUUGCAUUUACCACAGGUGUACUCCAAUCAAGUUGUAUAAACAUCUCAAGGAUGAUCAAUGGAAACAGGAUGGACCUGAGGUCAAUUUCGAGUCUCUUAGCAAAGGGUCUGAAUACUUACUUAAAUAUGGUAUCUUUUUUUUUAUGCAUUUGCAAACAUUUCUAAAAAUCUGUUUUCGCUUUGUCAUUAUGGGCUAUUGUGUGUAGAUUGCUGAGGAUUUUUAUUUAUUUAAUCAAUUUUAGAAUAAGGCUGUAACGUAACAAAAUGUGGAAAAGGUCAAGGGGUCUGAAUACUUUCCGAAGGCACUGUAAGUAUAUAAUAUGAUAUGGGACCGCAGAGUGAAGGAAAAGCAGCCAACAAGUGUGCAGCAUAUGUGGGAACUCCUUCAAGACUGUUGGAAAAGCAUUCCUCAUGAAGCUGGUUGAGAGAAUGCCAAGAGUGUAUGUGUGAUGACCUGAGGGGGUGGGCUGAGUAGGACAAUUGCAUAUACUUUAGUGUCGUCAGAGUUUACUCUGAACAACUACAAGGGACCACAGAGGUCAUACAUCCAUAUAAAUAGCAUCAGAGUUCUCCUCAUGGGACGAGUUUCAAAUAGAUUCCAAACAUGGAUGCAAUUUUGUUAUUCUACACACAUUUCUGUAGUCAAUUCUCUGUUUACUGAUGUAGAGAGAGAUACAUGUUGGCCCCUCAGAGGGGGGAAGGGUGACUGGUCCUUACAUCUUUGUCCCUUGUGUUUUCCUUGCAUUCCUGGGCCAUUUGCCAUGUGGUCCCAGGUGACAGAGAGCACAUAGUUUAGGACCGAUCCUGCAAUCGUGCCAAUGUGGGCAUGUUUGCUGGGUAGACAUUUGGCACUGUGGUGAGGUACUGUGUUGUGACACAGGAGCAUAGCUGUUAAUCAGAGUGAGAGUCGGGCUUAAUGGCAGCUGGAAAGAGCCCAAGUUGUUUAUUUGCAUGUCUACUUAAUCAGCGUGACCAUGUUGACCUCUUGUGUCUUCACGUCAUCCACUCUCAAAUCAAAUCAAAUCAAAUUUUAUUGGUCACAUGCGCCGAAUACAACAGGUGCAGACAUUACAGUGAAAUGCUUACUUACAGCCCUUAACCAACAGUGCAUUUAUUUUAAACAAAAAAAGUAAAAAUAAAACAACAAAAAAAGUUGAGAAAAAAAAGAGCAGAAGUAAAAUAAAGUGACAGUAGGGAGGCUAUAUAUACAGGGGGGUACCGUUGCAGAGUCAAUGUGCGGGGGCACCGGCUAGUUGAGGUAGUUGAGGUAAUAUGUACAUGUGGGUAGAGUUAAAGUGACUAUGCAUAAAUACUUAACAGAGUAGCAGCAGCGUAAAAAGGAUGGGGUGGGGGGGGCAGUGCAAAUAGUCCGGGUAGCCAUGAUUAGCUGUUCAGGAGUCUUAUGGCUUGGGGGUAGAAGCUGUUGAGAAGUCUUUUGGACCUAGACUUGGCACUCCGGUACCGCUUGCCGUGCGGUAGCAGAGAGAACAGUCUAUGACUAGGUUGGCUGGAGUCUUUGACAAUUUUGAGGGCCUUCCUCUGACACCGCCUGGUAUAGAGGUCCUGGAUGGCAGGAAGCUUUGCCCCAGUGAUGUACUGGGCCGUACGCACUACCCUCUGUAGUGCCUUGCGGUCGGAGGCCAAGCAGUUGCCAUACCAGGCGGUGAUGCAACCAGUCAGGAUGCUCUCGAUGGUGCAGCUGUAGAAUUUUUUGAGGAUCUGAGGACCCAUGCCAAAUCUUUUUAGUCUCCUGAGGGGGAAUAGGCUUUGUCGUGCCCUCUUCUCGACUGUCUUGGUGUGUUUGGACCAUGAUAGUUCGUUGGUGAUGUGGACACCAAGGAACUUGAAGCUCUCAACCUGUUCCACUACAGCCCCGUCGAUGAGAAUGGGGGCGUGCUCAGUCCUCUUUUUUUUCCUGUAGUCCACAAUCAUCUCCUUUGUCUUGGUCACGUUGAGGGAGAGGUUGUUGUCCUGGCACCACACGGCCAGAUCUCUGACCUCCUCCCUAUAGGCUGUCUCAUCGUUGUCGGUGAUCAGGCCUACCACUGUUGUGUCGUCGGCAAACUUAAUGAUGGUGUUGGAGUCGUGCCUGGCCAUGCAGUCAUGGGUGAACAGAGAGUACAGGAGGGGACUGAGCACGCACCCCUGAGGGGCCCCUGUGUUGAGGGUCAGUGUGGCAGAUGUGUUGUUACCUACCCUUACCACCUGGGGGCGGCCCGUCAGGAAGUCCAGGAUCCAGUUGCAGAGGGAGGUGUUUAGUCCCAGGAUCCUUAGCUUAGUGAUGAGCUUAGAGGGCACUAUGGUGUUGAAUGCUGAGCUGUAGUCAAUGAAUAGCAUUCUCACGUAGGUGUUCCUCUUGUCCAGGUGGGAAAGGGCAGUGUGGAGUGCAAUAGAAAUUGCAUCAUCUGUGGAUCUGUUGGGGCGGUAUGCAAAUUGGAGUGGGUCUAGGGUUUCUGGGAUAAUGCUAUUGAUGUGAGCCAUGACCAGCCUUUCAAAGCACUUCAUGGCUACAGACGUCAGUGCUACGGGUCGGUAGUCAUUUAGGCAGGUUAUCUUAGAGUCCUUGGGCACGGGGACUAUGGUGGUCUGCUUGAAACAUGUUGGUAUUACAGACUCAGUCAGGGACAUGUUGAAAAUGUCAGUGAAGACACUUGCCAGUUGGUCAGCACAUGCUCGGAGUACACGUCCUGGUAAUCCGUCUGGCCCUGCGGCCUUGUGAAUGUUGACCUGCUUAAAAGUCUUACUCACAUCGGCUACGGAGAGCGUGAUCACAUAGUCAUCCGGAACAGCUGGUGCUCUCAUGCAUGCUUCAGUGUUGCUUGCCUCGAAGCGAGCAUAGAAGUGGUUUAGCUCGUCUGGUAGGCUUGUGUCACUGGGCAGCUCGCGGCUGUGCUUCCCUUUGUAGUCUGUAAUAGUUUUCAAGCCCUGCCACAUCCGACGAGCGUCAGAGCCAGUGUAGUACGAUUCAAUCUUAGACCUGUAUUGACUCUUUGCCUGUUUGAUGGUUCGUCGGAGGUCAUAGCGGGAUUUCUUAUAAGCGUCCGGGUUAGAGUCCCGUUCCUUGAAAGCGGCAGCUCUACCCUUUAGCUCAGUGCGGAUGUUUCCUGUAAUCCAUGGCUUCUGGUUGGGGUAUGUACGUACGGUCACUGUGGGGACGACAUCAUCGAUGCACUUAUUGAUGAAGCCAGUGACUGAUGUGGUGUACUCCUCAAUGCUGUCUGAAGAAUCCCGGAACAUGUUCCAGUCUGUGCUAGCAAAACAGUCCUGUAGCUUAGCAUCUGCGUCAUCUGACCACUUUUUUAUUAACCGAGUCACUGGUGCUUCCCGCUUUAGUUUUAGCUUAUAAGCAGGAAUCAGGAGGAUAGAGUUAUGGUCAGAUUUGCCAAAUGGAGGGCGAGGGAGAGCUUUGUAUGCGUCUCUGUGUGUGGAGUAAAGGUGGUCUAGAGUUUUUUUCCCUCUGGUUGCACAUUUAACAUGCUGGUAGAAAUUAGGUAGAACGGAUUUAAGUUUCCCUGCAUUAAAGUCCCCGGCCACUAGGAGCGCUGCAUCUGGAUGAGCGUUUUACUGUUGAUUAAUGGCCUUGUACAACUCAUUCAGUGCAAUCUUAAUGCCAGCAUUGGUUUGUGGUGGUAAAUAGACAGCUAUGAAAAAUAUAGAUGAAAACUCUCUUGGUAAAUAGUGUGGUCUACAGCUUAUCAUAAGAUACUCUACCUCAGGCGAGCAAAACCUCGAGACUUCCUUAGUAUUUGGUUUUGUGCACCAGCUGUUGUUUACAAAUAUACACAGACCGCCACCCCUUGUCUUACCAGAGUCAGCCGUUCUGUCCUGCCGAUGUAGCGUAUAGCCUGCUAGCUGAAUGUUAUCAUUGUCGUCGUUCAGCCACGACUCGGUGAAACAUAAUAUAUUACAGUUUUUAAUGUCCCGUUGGUAGGAUAACCGUAAUCUUAAAUCGUCCACUUUAUUUUCAAAAGAUUGAACGUUGGCUAAUAGGCUUGAUGGAAGAGGCAGUUUACUCGCUCGCCGUCGGAUCCUUACAAGGCACCCCGAUCUGCGUCCACGAUAUCUCCGUCUCUUCUUCACGCGAAUGACGGGGAUUUGGGCCUUGUCGGGUGUCUGUAUGAUAUCCUUCGCGGCCGCCUCGUUGAAGAAAAAAUCUUCGUCCAAUACGAGGUGAGUAAUCGCUGUCCUGAUAUCCAGAAGCUCUUUUUGGUUAUAAGAGACGAUGGCAGAAACAUUAUGUACAAAAUAAAUUACAAAUAACGCGGAAAAACACACAUAAUAGUACAAUUGGUUAGAGGGCUGUAAAACGGCAGCCAUCUUCUCCGGCGCUGUUCUAGUCAUUAUUGUCCCUCUGAGGUCUCUGCUGCCAUGCCGUUCCUCUCAAUCCACACCACCCCAAAUAUUCCAUUCUCAUUCUCUGGCCCCGUUUCCAUUCUCUACGUUCUCUAUCAUUUUCUUUGGUUUAGUUAUAUUCGUUGAUUGUAGUUUCUGUGUGGAAGCCAUUCACUGCAUAGUAAAAUAAUGGCCCCUCUGUUCAGUUCUCCAUUUACCCUUGAUCUUGAGCACUGUAGUGUGCAUUUACAAUGACCAGACGCCACUCACUCAUUAGACCUUUGCUGAUAAAAGUCCACAGGUGGAUUACCCAAGGUCAAUUAAAUGCACUUCUUUCAAAACAGAAUAAAGACUUAAUCCACACACUGAGUGUACAAAACAUUAGGAACACCCUCCUAAUAUUCAGUUGCACCCCCCAUUGUCCUUAGAACAGCCUCAAUUUGCCAGGGCAUGUACUCUACAAGGUGUCGAAAGCGUUCCACUGGGAUGCUGGCUCAUGUUGACUCCAAUGCUUCCCACAGUUGUGUCAAGUUGGCUGCAUGACCUUUUGGGUGGUGGCAGAUCUUGACACAAACUAAGUGUGCCUGGCAUCUACUACCAUACCCCAUUCAAAAGCACUUCAAUCUUUUGUCUUCCCAAUUCACCCUCUGAAUGGCACACAUACACAAAUCAUGUCUCAAUUGUCUCAAGGCUUGAAAAUCCUUCUUUAACCUUUCUCCUCCCCUACAUGUACACUGAUUGACGUGGAUUUAACAGGAGACAUAAAUAAGAGAUCAUAGCUUUCACCUGGAUUCACCUGGUCAUUCUAGGUUAUGGAAAGAGCAGGUGUUCCUACUGUUUUGUACACUCAGUGUAUAUAUAAGCAUUAUGGCCAAUAUACCACGGCUAAGGGCUGUUUUUAGGCACAACAUAACGCAGAGUUCAUGGAUACAGCCCUUAGCCGUGGUAUAUUGCAAAUAUACCUCAAACCCCCAAGGUGCCUUAUUGCUAUUAUAAACUGGUUACCAAUGUAAUUAGAGCAGUAAAAAUAAAUAUUUUGUCAUACCCGUGGUAUACGGUCUGAUAUCUGGAGGCGAAAGAAACGCACACCUGUUUAGGCGAGGUGCUGGCUAGUGGAGUAGAACACUUGAAAAAUAAAAGGAGAGCCUCACACUUCAGGAGCUCAGAUGCAAUAAUUUAAUACCAACGUUUCGACAGACAAGCUGUCUUCAUCAGGGUAUAAUGACAAACAAUGCGGGUCACUAAUUUAUAUAGUUUGGAGGGACACACGUGUCUGUAAUCGUGGCCGGGUGUGGCUUGAUGUCAUUGGUUGAUUUACAUAUAUAAAUAGAACAUAUAAAAAGCAUGAAUGGAUAACAUACGAUCAUAGAUACAAUUUGGCUACAUAGACCUACAAACAUUUACAAUGAAUAGCAAAAUCACAAGAAUCACAAGAAUGGCUUCAGAUCAAAGUCUACGUUGAGAAAGAAGGGUGCAAGGGUCUUUAAAUUAAAGAUCCUGGCAGCCUUUCUUUUUAACAAUAAACCCUCCUAGGGAGGGUGACGUGUUCGAUGCCGAUAUAGCGAAGGGACGAAAUAGAGUGGUUCGCAACUGGGUACGGCAAGUUUUUGCACCUAAUGGUGCUACGAUGCUCACUGGUUCUUACUUUUAAUUAGCGCUUCGUUUUACACACAUAAUUUUUACCACAAGGACAAGUUAUAAGAUAAAUAACUGCCUUAGUGGAGCAAGUGAUAACACCUUUGAUUGGGAUCUGUUUCCCUGUUUGAGGGUGUUUGAAGGAUCUACAUUUGUAAGUGCCAUUGCAUUGAGCACAGCCAUUACACCUGUAGUUUCCAUCCGUUAGAGGCACAAAUAAACAUUGCGCAGGGGUAUUUUGGGGUGGUAAAUCAGAGUUUACCAAUUGAUCAGUGGCAAUUUUAGCAUGUAAAUCUUGGUGGGGCCAACUCAUAUAUAUAUAUUUUUUAAUGAAUACCAGCAAAGCCACUACACAACACAACACUAAACAAUACAUUAAUUGCACUAUAACGGUGACAAACGGUGCCCACAAACUGUUAGGGCCUGGCUUUAGGGCAAACUGUUUUCAAGGGAAGCGGGUGACAUCUAUCAGCCCUCAACAAACUGUUACGAUCAGUAGGUUUCCUGUAAAGAUCAGUGUAUAGAACAUUAUCCUCACACAAAAUCAAAAGAUCAAGGAAACUGAUUUGACCUGUGUCAGAUUGCAUAAUAAAUCUCAGGUGCUCAGAACAAGAGUUAAGAAAAUCAUGGAAUGCCUGGAGCUGUUCUGCAUCACCCCACCAUAAAACAAAAAUAUAAUCAAUAUACCGUUUCCAAAUAAUGUUAGGCAAAAAAACAUUUUUGAGAGGAUUGAGAAUUGAACGUUUCUCCAUGUAACCCAUGUAACUUAGCAUAGUUAGGAGCCAUAGGGGAUCCCAUAGCAGUACCCUUUGUCUGGAUAAAUAAAUAGUUUAGAAACAUGAAAUAGUUAUGUGUGAGUACUAUGUCAGCCAAUGUUAAAAUGCAUGCACUGGAAGGUAGUUUAUUAGGGUCACGUUGCAGAAGAAAAUGUUCCAUGGCUUCAUUACCGCCCUCGUGUGGAAUAUUGGUGUAUAACGACUCAACAUCAAAAGUAACUAACAAAGUAUUCUCAGGGAGAGGAUCAAGAGAUUCAAUGAUAGAGAUCAUACUGCUGGUGUCCUUUACAAAGGACUUUUUGGAAACAAACCACUCUAUUUCGUCCCUUCGCUAUAUCGGCAUCGAACUUGUCACCCUCCCUAGGAGAGGGUGUGACUUUUACAAUUUAUUGUUAAAACGAGAGGCUGCCUGGAUCUUUAAUUUAAAGACCGUUGCUUACAUUUUACAUUUUAUUCAUUUAGCAGACGCUCUUAUCCAGGCUCCCUUCGGUCUCAACGUAGACUUUGAUCUGAAGCCAUUCGUGUGAUUUUGCUAUUCAUUGUAAAUGUUUGUAGGCCAAAUUGUAUCUAUGAUCGUAUGUUAUCCAUUCAUGCUUUUUAUAUGUUCUAUUUAUAUAUGUAAAUCAACCAAUGACAUCAAGCCACACCCGGCCACGAUUACAGACACCUAUGUGUCCUUCCAAACUAUAUAAAUUAGUGACCCGCAGUGUUUGUCAUUAUACCCUGAUGAAGACAGCUUGUCUGUCGAAACGUUGGUUAUUAAAUUAUUGCAUCUGAGCUCCUAAAGUGUGAGGCUCUCCUUUUCUUUUUCAAACAGUCUGAUAUACCAUGGCUUUCAGCCAAUCAGCAUUCAGGGCUUGAACCACCCAGUUAUACUGGGGGAUAAUCCCAUCUAUAGCCUCACAUUGACUUACCAAGUCAUACUAACCAGGUCUGUCAGUAUAAAUAUUUGACGAAGGGUCCCGCAACGUGAGCCCCUCAGUAGUCCUAUUAGUACUUCUGAGCUAGUGAAUAGAAUGGAACAGGGUCAGGUGUUUGUGGCACUGCUGAAAUACUGUGAUGACGGCUGGACAGAAGCUGAUGACACAGUAGUUUUCUUUAGCUAUCGUGACUACCUAGGAACUGGUGUGUUGUAGUUCCAUGACACUUAGAUCACACUGAUAUUGUCCUUCAUGGGGCUCAGGCUCAUAAGUUAAUAGUCACCUGCACAUGCUAGUAAAUGUACACAAAUCCACUGGGUAGAUUUUUGGCCAAUUCUCAUAGGACGUCUACCAGGCAAAUUAAUAAUGUACACUGAACAAAAAUAUAAACGCAGCAUGUAAAGUGUUGGUCCCAUGUUUCAUGCGCUGAAAUGAAAUAUCCCAGAAAUGUUCCAUACGCACAAAAAGCUUAAAUCUCUCACAUUUUGCGACACACAUUUGUUUACAUCCCUGUUACUGAGCAUUUAUCAUUUUCCAAGAUAAUCCAUUCACCUGACAGGUGUGGCAUAUCAAGAAGCUGAUCAAACAGCAUGAUUAUUACACAGGUGCACCUUGUGUUGGGGACAAUAAAAGGUCACUCUAAAAUGUGCAGUAUUGUCACACAACACAAUGCCACAGAUGUCUCAGGUUUUGAGGGAGCGUGCAAUUGGCAUGCUGACUGCAGGAAUGUCCAUCAGAGCUGUUGCCAGAAAAUUGAAUGUUUAUUUCUCUACCAUAAGCCGCCUCCAACAUGGUUUUAGAGAUUUUUCAAAAGCACUUAAAUCUUUUGUCUUCCCAAUUCACCCUCUGAAUGGCACACAUACACAAAGCAUGUCUCAAUUGUCUCAAGGCUUGAAAAUCCUUCUGUAACCUUUCUUCUCCCCUACAUGUACACUGAUUGACGUGGAUUUAACAGGAGACAUAAACAAGAGAUCAUAGCUUUCACCUGGAUUCACCUGGUCAUUCUAGGUUAUGGAAAGAGCAGGUGUUCCUACUGUUUUGUACACUCAGUGUAUAUAUAAGCAUUAUGGCCAAUAUACCACGGCUAAGGGCUGUUUUUAGGCACAACAUAACGCAGAGUUCCUGGAUACAGCCCUUAGCCGUGGUAUAUUGCAAAUAUACCUCAAACCCCCAAGGUGCCUUAUUGCUAUUAUAAACUGGUUACCAAUGUAAUUAGAGCAGUAAAAAUAAAUAUUUUGUCAUACCCGUGGUAUACGGUCUGAUAUCUGGAGGCGAAAGAAACGCACACCUGUUUAGGCGAGGUGCUGGCUAGUGGAGUAGAACACUUGAAAAAUAAAAGGAGAGCCUCACACUUCAGGAGCUCAGAUGCAAUAAUUUAAUACCAACGUUUCGACAGACAAGCUGUCUUCAUCAGGGUAUAAUGACAAACAAUGCGGGUCACUAAUUUAUAUAGUUUGGAGGGACACACGUGUCUGUAAUCGUGGCCGGGUGUGGAUUGAUGUCAUUUGUUGAUUUACAUAUAUAAAUAGAACAUAUAAAAAGCAUGAAUGGAUAACAUACGAUAAUAGAUACAAUUUGGCUACAUAGACCUACAAACAUUUACAAUGAAUAGCAAAAUCACAAGAAUCACAAGAAUGGCUUCAGAUCAAAGUCUACGUUGAGAAAGAAGGGAGCAAGGGUCUUUAAAUUAAAGAUCCUGGCAGCCUUUCUUUUUAACAAUAAACCCUCCUAGGGAGGGUGACGUGUUCGAUGCCGAUAUAGCGAAGGGACGAAAUAGAGUGGUUCGCAACUGGGUACGGCAAGUUUUUGCACCUAAUGGUGCUACGAUGCUCACUGGUUCUUACUUUUAAUUAGCGCUUCGUUUUACACACAUAAUUUUUACCACAAGGACAAGUUAUAAGAUAAAUAACUGCCUUAGUGGAGCAAGUGAUAACACCUUUGAUUGGGAUCUGUUUCCCUGUUUGAGGGUGUUUGAAGGAUCUACAUUUGUAAGUGCCAUUGCAUUGAGCACAGCCAUUACACCUGUAGUUUCCAUCCGUUAGAGGCACAAAUAAACAUUGCGCAGGGGUAUUUUGGGGGUGGUAAAUCAGAGUUUACCAAUUGAUCAGUGGCAAUUUUAGCAUGUAAAUCUUGGUGGGGCCAACUCAUAUAUAUAUAUUUUUUAAUGAAUACCAGCAAAGCCACUACACAACACAACACUAAACAAUACAUUAAUUGCACUAUAACGGUGACAAACGGUGCCCACAAACUGUUAGGGCCUGGCUUUAGGGCAAACUGUUUUCAAGGGAAGCGGGUGACAUCUAUCAGCCCUCAACAAACUGUUACGAUCAGUAGGUUUCCUGUAAAGAUCAGUGUAUAGAACAUUAUCCUCACACAAAAUCAAAAGAUCAAGGAAACUGAUUUGACCUGUGUCAGAUUGCAUAAUAAAUCUCAGGUGCUCAGAACAAGAGUUAAGAAAAUCAUGGAAUGCCUGGAGCUGUUCUGCAUCACCCCACCAUAAAACAAAAAUAUAAUCAAUAUACCGUUUCCAAAUAAUGUUAGGCAAAAAAACAUUUUUGAGAGGAUUGAGAAUUGAACGUUUCUCCAUGUAACCCAUGUAACUUAGCAUAGUUAGGAGCCAUAGGGGAUCCCAUAGCAGUACCCUUUGUCUGGAUAAAUAAAUAGUUUAGAAACAUGAAAUAGUUAUGUGUGAGUACUAUGUCAGCCAAUGUUAAAAUGCAUGCACUGGAAGGUAGUUUAUUAGGGUCACGUUGCAGAAGAAAAUGUUCCAUGGCUUCAUUACCGCCCUCGUGUGGAAUAUUGGUGUAUAACGACUCAACAUCAAAAGUAACUAACAAAGUAUUCUCAGGGAGAGGAUCAAGAGAUUCAAUGAUAGAGAUCAUACUGCUGGUGUCCUUUACAAAGGACUUUUUGGAAACAAACCACUCUAUUUCGUCCCUUCGCUAUAUCGGCAUCGAACUUGUCACCCUCCCUAGGAGAGGGUGUGACUUUUACAAUUUAUUGUUAAAACGAGAGGCUGCCUGGAUCUUUAAUUUAAAGACCGUUGCUUACAUUUUACAUUUUAUUCAUUUAGCAGACGCUCUUAUCCAGGCUCCCUUCGGUCUCAACGUAGACUUUGAUCUGAAGCCAUUCGUGUGAUUUUGCUAUUCAUUGUAAAUGUUUGUAGGCCAAAUUGUAUCUAUGAUCGUAUGUUAUCCAUUCAUGCUUUUUAUAUGUUCUAUUUAUAUAUGUAAAUCAACCAAUGACAUCAAGCCACACCCGGCCACGAUUACAGACACCUAUGUGUCCUUCCAAACUAUAUAAAUUAGUGACCCGCAGUGUUUGUCAUUAUACCCUGAUGAAGACAGCUUGUCUGUCGAAACGUUGGUUAUUAAAUUAUUGCAUCUGAGCUCCUAAAGUGUGAGGCUCUCCUUUUCUUUUUCAAACAGUCUGAUAUACCAUGGCUUUCAGCCAAUCAGCAUUCAGGGCUUGAACCACCCAGUUAUACUGGGGGAUAAUCCCAUCUAUAGCCUCACAUUGACUUACCAAGUCAUACUAACCAGGUCUGUCAGUAUAAAUAUUUGACGAAGGGUCCCGCAACGUGAGCCCCUCAGUAGUCCUAUUAGUACUUCUGAGCUAGUGAAUAGAAUGGAACAGGGUCAGGUGUUUGUGGCACUGCUGAAAUACUGUGAUGACGGCUGGACAGAAGCUGAUGACACAGUAGUUUUCUUUAGCUAUCGUGACUACCUAGGAACUGGUGUGUUGUAGUUCCAUGACACUUAGAUCACACUGAUAUUGUCCUUCAUGGGGCUCAGGCUCAUAAGUUAAUAGUCACCUGCACAUGCUAGUAAAUGUACACAAAUCCACUGGGUAGAUUUUUGGCCAAUUCUCAUAGGACGUCUACCAGGCAAAUUAAUAAUGUACACUGAACAAAAAUAUAAACGCAGCAUGUAAAGUGUUGGUCCCAUGUUUCAUGCGCUGAAAUGAAAUAUCCCAGAAAUGUUCCAUACGCACAAAAAGCUUAAAUCUCUCACAUUUUGCGACACACAUUUGUUUACAUCCCUGUUACUGAGCAUUUAUCAUUUUCCAAGAUAAUCCAUUCACCUGACAGGUGUGGCAUAUCAAGAAGCUGAUCAAACAGCAUGAUUAUUACACAGGUGCACCUUGUGUUGGGGACAAUAAAAGGUCACUCUAAAAUGUGCAGUAUUGUCACACAACACAAUGCCACAGAUGUCUCAGGUUUUGAGGGAGCGUGCAAUUGGCAUGCUGACUGCAGGAAUGUCCAUCAGAGCUGUUGCCAGAAAAUUGAAUGUUUAUUUCUCUACCAUAAGCCGCCUCCAACAUGGUUUUAGAGAUUUUUCAAAAGCACUUCAAUCUUUUGUCUUCCCAAUUCACCCUCUGAAUGGCACACAUACACAAAGCAUGUCUCAAUUGUCUCAAGGCUUGAAAAUCCUUCUGUAACCUUUCUUCUCCCCUACAUGUACACUGAUUGACGUGGAUUUAACAGGAGACAUAAACAAGAGAUCAUAGCUUUCACCUGGAUUCACCUGGUCAUUCUAGGUUAUGGAAAGAGCAGGUGUUCCUACUGUUUUGUACACUCAGUGUAUAUAUAAGCAUUAUGGCCAAUAUACCACGGCUAAGGGCUGUUUUUAGGCACAACAUAACGCAGAGUUCCUGGAUACAGCCCUUAGCCGUGGUAUAUUGCAAAUAUACCUCAAACCCCCAAGGUGCCUUAUUGCUAUUAUAAACUGGUUACCAAUGUAAUUAGAGCAGUAAAAAUAAAUAUUUUGUCAUACCCGUGGUAUACGGUCUGAUAUCUGGAGGCGAAAGAAACGCACACCUGUUUAGGCGAGGUGCUGGCUAGUGGAGUAGAACACUUGAAAAAUAAAAGGAGAGCCUCACACUUCAGGAGCUCAGAUGCAAUAAUUUAAUACCAACGUUUCGACAGACAAGCUGUCUUCAUCAGGGUAUAAUGACAAACAAUGCGGGUCACUAAUUUAUAUAGUUUGGAGGGACACACGUGUCUGUAAUCGUGGCCGGGUGUGGAUUGAUGUCAUUUGUUGAUUUACAUAUAUAAAUAGAACAUAUAAAAAGCAUGAAUGGAUAACAUACGAUAAUAGAUACAAUUUGGCUACAUAGACCUACAAACAUUUACAAUGAAUAGCAAAAUCACAAGAAUCACAAGAAUGGCUUCAGAUCAAAGUCUACGUUGAGAAAGAAGGGAGCAAGGGUCUUUAAAUUAAAGAUCCUGGCAGCCUUUCUUUUUAACAAUAAACCCUCCUAGGGAGGGUGACGUGUUCGAUGCCGAUAUAGCGAAGGGACGAAAUAGAGUGGUUCGCAACUGGGUACGGCAAGUUUUUGCACCUAAUGGUGCUACGAUGCUCACUGGUUCUUACUUUUAAUUAGCGCUUCGUUUUACACACAUAAUUUUUACCACAAGGACAAGUUAUAAGAUAAAUAACUGCCUUAGUGGAGCAAGUGAUAACACCUUUGAUUGGGAUCUGUUUCCCUGUUUGAGGGUGUUUGAAGGAUCUACAUUUGUAAGUGCCAUUGCAUUGAGCACAGCCAUUACACCUGUAGUUUCCAUCCGUUAGAGGCACAAAUAAACAUUGCGCAGGGGUAUUUUGGGGUGGUAAAUCAGAGUUUACCAAUUGAUCAGUGGCAAUUUUAGCAUGUAAAUCUUGGUGGGGCCAACUCAUAUAUAUAUUUUUUUAUGCAUACCAGCAAAGCCACUACACAACACAACACAACACUAAACAAUACAUUAAUUGCACUAUAAGGGUGACAAACGGUGCCCACAAACUGUUAGGGCCUGGCUUUAGGGCAAACUGUUUUUCAAGGGAAGCGGGUGACAUCUAUCAGCCCUCAACAAACUGUUACGAUCAGUAGGUUUCCUGUAAAGAUCAGUGUAUAGAACAUUAUCCUCACACAAAAUCAAAAGAUCAAGGAAACUGAUUUGACCUGUGUCAGAUUGCAUAGUAAAUCUCAGGUGCUCAGAACAAGAGUUAAGAACAUCAUGGAAUGCCUGGAGCUUGUUUUGCAUCACCACACCAUAAAACAAAAAUAUAAUCAAUAUACCGUUUCCAAAUAAUGUUAGGCAAAAAAACAUUUUUGAGAGGAUUGAGAAUUGAACGUUUCUCCAUGUAACCCAUGUAACUUAGCAUAGUUAGGAGCCAUAGGGGAUCCCAUAGCAGUACCCUUUGUCUGGAUAAAUAAAUAGUUUAGAAACAUGAAAUAGUUAUGUGUGAGUACUAUGUCAGCCAAUGUUAAAAUGCAUGCACUGGAAGGUAGUUUAUUAGGGUCACGUUGCAGAAGAAAAUGUUCCAUGGCUUCAUUACCGCCCUCGUGUGGAAUAUUGGUGUAUAACGACUCAACAUCAAAAGUAACUAACAAAGUAUUCUCAGGGAGAGGAUCAAGAGAUUCAAUGAUAGAGAUCAUACUGCUGGUGUCCUUUACAAAGGACUUUUUGGAAACAAACCACUCUAUUUCGUCCCUUCGCUAUAUCGGCAUCGAACUUGUCACCCUCCCUAGGAGAGGGUGUGACUUUUACAAUUUAUUGUUAAAACGAGAGGCUGCCUGGAUCUUUAAUUUAAAGACCGCUGCUUACAUUUUACAUUUGACAUUUUAUUCAUUUAGCAGACACUCUUAUCCAGGCUCCCUUCGGUCUCAACGUAGACUUUGAUCUGAAGCCAUUCGUGUGAUUAUUGUGAUUUUGCUAUUCAUUGUAAAUGUUUGUAGGCCAAAUUGUAUCUAUAAUCGUAUGUUAUCCAUUCAUGCUUUUUAUAUGUUCUAUUUAUAUAUGUAAAUCAACCAAUGACAUCAAGCCACACCCAGCCACGAUUACAGACACCUAUGUGUCCUUCCAAACUAUAUAAAUUAGUGACCCGCAGUGUUUGUCAUUAUACCCUGAUGAAGACAGCUUGUCUGUCGAAACGUUGGUUAUUAAAUUAUUGCAUCUGAGCUCCUAAAGUGUGAGGCUCUCCUUUUCUUUUUAAAACAGUCUGAUAUACCAUGGCUUUCAGCCAAUCAGCAUUCAGGGCUUGAACCACCCAGUUAUACUGGGGGAUAAUCCCAUCUAUAGCCUCACAUUGACUUACCAAGUCAUACUAACCAGGUCUGUCAGUAUAAAUAUUUGACGAAGGGUCCCGCAACGUGAGCCCCUCAGUAGUCCUAAUAGUACUUCUGAGCUAGUGAAUAGAAUGGGACAGGGUCAGGUGUUUGUGGCAGUGCUGAAAUACUGUGAUGACGGCUGGACAGAAGCUGAUGACACAGUAGUUUUCUUUAGCUAUCGUGACUACCUAGGAACUGGUGUGUUGUAGUUCCAUGACACUUAGAUCACACUGAUAUUGUCCUUCAUGGGGCUCAGGCUCACAAGUUAAUAGUCACCUGCACAUGCUAGUAAAUGUACACAAAUCCACUGGUUAGAUUUUUGGCCAAUUCUCAUAGGACGUCUACCAGGCAAAUUAAUAAUGUACACUGAACAAAAAUAUAAACGCAGCAUGUAAAGUGUUGGUCCCAUGUUUCAUGCGCUGAAAUGAAAUAUCCCAGAAAUGUUCCAUACGCACAAAAAGCUUAAAUCUCUCACAUUUUGCGACACACAUUUGUUUACAUCCCUGUUACUGAGCAUUUAUUCUUUUCCAAGAUAAUCCAUCCACCUGACAGGUGUGGCAUAUCAAGAAGCUGAUCAAACAGCAUGAUUAUUACACAGGUGCACCUUGUGUUGGGGACAAUAAAAGGUCACUCUAAAAUGUGCAGUAUUGUCACACAACACAAUGCCACUGAUGUCUCAGGUUUUGAGGGAGAGUGCAAUUGGCAUGCUGACUGCAGGAAUGUCCAUCAAAGCUGUUGCCAGACAAUUGAAUGUUAAUUUCUCUACCAUAAGCCGCCUCCAACAUGGUUUUAGAGAAUUUGGCAGUAAAUACAACUGGCCUCACAACUGCAGACCAUAUGUAUGGCCUCAUGUGGGCGAGCGGUUUGCUGAUGUCAACAUUGUAAACAGAAUGUCCCAUGGUGGCGGUGGGUUUAUGGUAUGGGCAGGCAUAAACUACGGACAAUGAACAGAAUUGCAUUUUAUCGAUGGCAAUUUGAAUGCACAGAAAUACCGUGACGAGAUCCUGAGGCCCAUUUAUUUUAGGUGUCUGUGACCAACAGAUGCACAUCUGUAUUCCCUGUCAUGUGAAAUCCAUAGAUUAGGGCCUAAUGAAUUUAUUUCAAUUGACUGAGUUCCUCAUAUGAACUGUAACUCUGUAAAAUCUUUGAAAUUGUUGCAUUUACAUUUUUGUUCAGUAUAAUUUACUGUAAAGGUGUCCGCAUACAUACGUUCGGUUUGCUCCUAAAAAAAACUCGUCCAGGCAAAGCAACCGUCUGUGCUCGCAUACUCCCAAAAUACCUUCUCUUGAAAAACUAGGGGAAAAAACGGCAAUAUUACUGUUGACCAAUCACCGAACACUUGCCUCAAUAAAAACCCUUGCCGUAUUUCACCCAUUCCAUUUGUUCUGGGGCACACAAGUAGCGUGGGCGAAAUUAAAAGGUAGACGUGACAGCUCAUGAGUUGGUUCUAUUUAGGUUGAGUCUAAAUUAUCCCAGCAAGCACAUAACGUUCUGAGAACCAUAUGUUUCUUAGAGCUUGUUGAGAGUGUGGUUGUCCUAUGGUUAUUUUGCAUACAGCCUUCCUUCAACUUUCUGGGAAUGGUGCAGGAUUGUUACUUAGCUUUGGAACAUUCUCAGCACAUUUAAAGAGAUUGGCAAUCUACUUCCCCAUAGUCAGAUUAAUUCAUUAAUUCCAUUUGUAUGUCUCUGCAUCCAGUAUGAAGGAAGUUAGAGGUCAUUUUGUGAGCCAACACUAUCUAGCGUAGUGCAAUGACUGGAAGUCUAUCUACUAGGUAUCUACUAGCAUGCUAGCAAUUACCAUAGACUUGCAGUCAUUGUGCUAAAGCUAGUUAGCAACUUCCUUCAAACUGCACGCAGAGUCUUAAAAAUAGUAUCCAGGAGUUAAUAUGACUCUGGGGAAGUCCUGCAGUAUCCCUUUAAGGAACUUGACCAAUAAAUACUUUAUUUUCUUGGUAUUUCAUUACUUUAACAAAAUGUUUCCUAAAAGUUCAUACAUGGUUACAUUUCAUUUCAAUUUUGGUAAUGUUCUAGGAAUGUUCUCCAACUGGUUUGACAUUGGGAAUGUUCUCAAAUAAUUCAGAGAAAGUUAUAGGGUAGGAAGCAUGAGUUUUUACUCACCAAAGUGUGGUCAAAGACUUAGUAACUUAGUUAUAGUCAUGAUCUGGUUACCUAUAACUACAAACAUAGUUAUGUUUUUGGGUUAUUACAUAUUUAUUAAUUUAUUUCCAGAUAUCUUCUAAACUACCCACAAUGUACUAUUUCUCAACAUCAUAUGGAGAAUUGAGUCUGUGCUACCGAGUUCGCAUUCUAGCUCGGUGGCUAGCUCAAGCAAACCUUGUUAGCCACUAGCUAGCAUUUAAUUACAUUCCAGACCAGGUGUUGGCGAGGAAGUGUGAUAUAAACAAGGAACAGAUGGAGCACGUGCGGCCAUGCAGCAUCCUCAUGCUCUUCACAGACUUUGUGGCUAUGUUAUCUAGUUGAAACCCAUUAGAACGUUCUAAGAAUGUUAUUUAAAAACAUAUACAGUACCAGUCAAAAGUUUGGACACACCUACUCAUUCCAGGGUUUUUCUUUAUUUUUUACUAUUUUCUACAUUGUAGAAUAAUAGUGAAGACAUCAAUACUAUGAAAUAACACAUAUGGAAUCAUGUAGUAACCAAUAAAGUGUUAAACAAAUCUAAAUAUAUUUUAUAUUUGAGAUUCUUCAAAAUAGCCACCCUUUGCCUUGAUGACAGCUUUGCACCCUCUUGGCAUUCUCUCAACCAGUUUCAUGAGGUAGUCUCCUGGAAUGCAUUUCAGUUAACAUGUGUGCCUUGUUAAAAGUUAAUUUGUGGAAUUUCUUUCCUUUUUUAUGUGUUUGAGCCAAUCAGUUGUGUUGUGACAAGGUCGCAGUUGUAAAUGACAACUUGUUCUCAACUGGCUUACCUGGUUAAAUAAAGGUGAAAUAAAAUAAAAUAAAUACAGAAGAUAGCCCUAUUUGGUAAAAGACCAAGUCCAUAUUAUGGCAAGAACAGCUCAAAUAAGCAAAGAGAAAUGAAAGUCCAUCAUUACUUUAAGACAUGAAGGUCAGUCAAUCUGGAACAUUUCAAUAACUUUGAACGUUUCUUCAAAUGCAGUCACAAAAACCAUCAAGCGCUAUGAUGAAACUGGCUCUCAUGAGGAUCGCCACAGGAAAGGAAGACCCAGAGUUACCUCUGCUGCCGAGGAUAAGUUCAUUAGAGUUAACUGCUUCUCAGAUUGCAGCCCAAAUAAAUGCUUCACGGUGUUCAAGUAACAGACACAUCUCAACAUCAACUGUUCAGAGGAGACUGCGUGAAUCAGGCCUUCAUGGUCGAAUUGCUGCAAAGAAACCGUUACUAAAGGACACCAAUAAGAAGAACAGACUUGCUUGGGCCAAGAAACACGAGCAACAGACAUUAGACCAGUGGAAAUCUGUCCUUUGGUCUGAUGACUCCAAAUUUGAGAUUUUUGGUUCCAACCUCCGUGUCUUUGUGAGAUGCCGAGUAGGUGAACGGAUGAACUCCGCAUGUGUGGUUCCCACCAUGAAGCAUGGAGGAGGAGGUGUGAUGGUGUGGGGGUGCUCUGCUGGUGACACUGUCAGUGAUUUAUUUAGAAUUCAAGGCACACUUAACCAGCAUGGCUACCACAGCAUUCUGCAGCGAUACGCCAUCCCAUCUGGUUUGCACUUAGUGGGACUAUCAUUUGGUUUUCAACAGGACAAUGAACCAAAACACACCUCCAGGCUGUAUAAGGCCUAUUUGACCAAGGUGAGUGAUGGAGUGUUGCAUCAGAUGACCUGGCCUCCACAAUCACCCGACCUCAACCCAAUUGAGAUGGUUUGGGAUGAGUUGGACCGCAGAGUGAAGUGAAAGCAGCCAAUAAGUGCUCAGCAUAUGUGGGAACUCCUUCAAGACUGUUGGAAAAGCAUUCCAGGUGAAGCUGGUUGAGAGAAUGCCAAGAGUGUGCAAAGCUAUCAUCAAGGCAAAGGGUGGCUACUUUGAAGAAUGUAAAAUAUAAAAUAUAUUUUUGAUUUGUUUAACACUUUUUUGGUAACUACAUGAUUCCAUAUGUGUUAUUUCAUAGUUUUGAUGUCUUCACUAUUAUUCUACAAUGUAGAGAAUUGUAAAAAAUAAAGAAACACCCUUGAAUGUAGGUGUGUCCAAACUUUUCACUGGUACUGUACAUUCUGUUCUCAGCAUCAACAAAACUCUUUCUAGCUUCUAUCUUGUUAAGAUUGUUCAGGUGUGUUGGCUGCGCCCACUAAUUGGCCACACCUAAUCUUAACUAGUGUGUGUUUCCUUUGAAAUAGGGUCUAUUUGAACAGACUAAAAUGAACAGCUUGGUAUGAGUAAAAUAAUAUGGCAUGCUAGCUCCUGGUGGCGCAGUGGACAAAUUCCAUGGAUAGAAAACAGAAGAUUAUAGGUUAGAAUCUCACUGAUGCUGUGUCACAAUAAUUGUUUUUAUGUGUUAGCAUGAUUAAUGCCUAACACUUCAGCUCCACUAUUCACGUUGCGUUGCCAUCAUCAUCGUGUCAAUGUGACGUUCUACCUGCUACACAGAGUGCAUUGUUUUGAGAGCGGAGAGUAGAGUAGAAUAGCGUCUUUAUUCUAUUUUCUCCUACUGUACUGUACCAUAUUAAUCAAUUAUGCGUAAGUACAAUAGCUUUGGUCCAGUUUUUUGCAAGUUCUCAUUAAAUUUUGCUAGUGGUUGUACUAAAUUAUCCUCUAAUUACACAAGUUGCUUUUGUUUACAUUGUGAACAGUAAAUGUAGCUAGCUAGCUAUAGUUUCUGCUAGCUAGUAGCUUGUUGACUUCAUAAAUCUUAGUACCAUAACCAGUGGUGUAUAUUCAAGGCCACAUGCAACCAAAAUCAACUUUAUUUCUCAUUAUUUCAAUUGAUACGAUAGAAUGAACGCGCGCAUCAGCCAUCGAUAAUUAAACCUCUGCGAUUCUUGAGCUUGGAUGCUGCCAUUGGACGUGAUGCAACGUGAGCGCAACACGGGCAGUAUAGCAGCUUUCAUUGAUUUCAAAGGAAGCAUUUCCUCAAUGGUUGAUGGCUGAUGGCAAUGCCAGACGACUGAUGGCUAUAGUGUAGCAGGGCCGUAAGGAAAUUAAUUUCUAUGUGUCCUAUCUGUGCUUGGAGUUUAAAAAAAAGUUAACCCCAAAUAAUCUAGCAGAGUUAUUAAAAGUCUUAUUGAAACAUUCAGUGAAAGGAAGUUAAUCAAAAACCUCAAAAUAACCUGUAAUUUCCAUUUUCAGAGCAUUACUAAAAUCUCCCAGGAAAACUUUCAAAGAACCAGAGUAAAACGUUCACAGAACCUCCCUGAAACCUAAAAAUAAACGUUCCCAGAACAGGAGACAUUUUCACUUCUGUUCUCAGAAUGUUUAAAAAACGUUCAGUUUUACCGGUCAGGAAACGUAUGUCUUUGUUCCCACAACCAAUGUGAAACCAAAAACAUACAUUCCCACAACUUCCAAGAACCAAAUGUGCUAGCUGGGUAACCACUUUAAUCAACAACACCAUUUUUAUCUCCCUGACAGUACCUUACUCAUGUGGCAUCAAGACACUGGAGGUUGGAAUCACCAGAGACUGGGAGACCAUGUCUCCAUGGAAACAGACAAGAGUUCACUCCACAGAGGAAUCUAUAUUGACUUGAAGGUUUCACUUGGUUUCUCUAAAGGGCAGAAUGCAGGUGAGACAUUUACAGUGUUCUAAUACAGUGAGAGGCCAUGGACUCCUCAUUUUAAAUGCUAAUAAUUUCAAAUGCUUGUGAGGCUAUGAUACUUUACAAAGUGCAGUCCAUUCCGAUAAUCGAUAACUUUUCAACUGUCGUUUGUGUAAAUCAAUCUCUAUAUUGCAGGUUAUACAUUAUCGCUCUCAUUCUCUUGGUCUCUCACAAACACUAUCUCCUCCAUCUUUGAAGAAUGAUGUUUGGAUUAUGGAGGUGAACUAAGGCAUGAGUGAUUUGCCUCGUUUACAUAAGCCCAUUGGUUCUCAUGCUCUGCCUGUUUACCAUUCGUCCCUCCGGCUCCAGAUAAGAACAUAAACGGUGUUCUAACCGGUCCUCCAAUGAUAAGAUCAAUAACCACAAUUGGAUGAUUUGGGCUGCAGGAUAUAAAUAUUUCAGUGCAUACCUGUCACAGUCCCCUCCUCUCCAUCAGGUCUCAUUGCGGUGCUACAGUAGUUGGGGAAGUGUCUGGUUGUUUGCCCAUGCCCGCUUCACCAUUACUAAGCAUGAAGUGACCAUUCACCCAGCUAACAAUUCUAGGGAGAGCGAAAACCUUCUGAGAACCUUUUCAUGUUUUGGUGUUAGAGGUAAUGUCUAAAAACUCAUUUUAAUUAGAUCAGAUAGGUGUGUUGUAACUGUUGCCAAAUAAUGGCAUUAACAUAUAUUGUUAAAAAUGUGAGAGUAGGGUGACUAGCAGGUCUUCAACCCCCCAGGCCCAAUGACCAACUGUCCCAGUAAGGGAUAUCUCAAGGGCAUGUGCUUAUUGGGGCUGGCCAGAGGAAACCCUAACCCCCUAGGCACUUACAGUAUGCUGCAGUUGUCUAUGUGCUAGGGUCAGUCUGUCCUAUCUCGUGUAAUUCCCUUGUCAUAUCUGGUGUCCUGUGUGAUCUUAAGUAUGCUUCUUCUAAUAUGCUCGUCGGCAGCCGGCUCCUAUAGAUAGCUAGAGAGGAGAGAUUCGAGAGCGUAAGAGAGCUCUUCUCUCUCUCUCUCUCUCCUCUCUCUAUCUCUCUGCUCUCUCUCUCUCUCUCUCUCUCUCUCUCUCUCUCUCUCCUCUCUCUCUCUCUCUCUCUCAUCUCUCUCUUCUCUCUCUUCGCUCUCUCCUCUCUCUCUCUCUCUCUCUCUCUGCUCUCCUCUCUCUCUCUCUCUCUCUCUCUCUCUCGCCAAAACAGCCAGAAAGAAGGAACUGACUUCCUCGCCUAAAAUUUUUUCGUUGGUUCCCAUUGCCUAUUAUGGGGAGUAUUUCUUAGUCACCGUGGCAGCAAAAUGUGAAUACUGUGUAGACUUUCAAUAGGCACUUAAUUUGCUCAUGGAUGCCUUUGUCACCUUCUACCUCUCACUGCUGGUCAUGUGUGGGAUGUACCACUGCAUCUUUCGGGUAGCACACGAACAGGUUAGUGUUUUCUUCGUUAACUUUAUUUGUUGUGCGGUAGUACCAUUACCAGUUUUAGUAGAGAUAAUAGUAAUUAUGCCUUUAGCAGUAUAAUAGUACUGGAAUAAUGAGUAGUUUUACUGUUGCAUCUAUUUAUUCAGGUUAAUAGAUACUGUCUUCCAUCUGCUGACCUGUUUCUCUAACCUGUCAUUAUCCACCCAUCCAGGUAAGGCCUAUCCGAGCUGCCAAUGCUUCAUUCGCCCGCACAGCAUCAGCGGCGGGAGCACAAGGCCACAGUGACACUAGCAGCAGUUCUGGGAGCCUUCAUUAUCUGUUAGUUCCCCUAUUACCAGUGCUUAAUUUGUAAAUCUGGAGGUCCUGGAGCACAAACACAACGUAGCAGCCAAGUAGCCUACUAUCUAUGGUGGUGAAACGGACAGCACUCUCCAAGGUGCUAAUUAAUUCAAGCAUGCCCACAUACUUCAGUAUAGCUGCGGGGCUUACACAAGUCCAAAUUUCUUAUAGCCUAAUUUUCUAGACAUCAAUGUACAGCAACAUUUUUAAAGGACACUGCAGAACACCCGCCAUAUACACACAUACUCAGCUGUGGGGCUUACAAGACCCGAAUUUCAUUUAAUUUUCAAGACAUCAAUGUAGCAGUAGAACAAAUAUCACAAUAUCGGAAUACAACUUCAAAUAAAAUAAAUCAAUGUAGGCUACAGCAGAACACACAUAUGAGAAUAUGUAGGCCUCCUGCCUAUAAGAUAAUAUGAAAUACAUUACCUUCACAGCACAGAACAAGUUUGUAAAGGAAAAGAAACGUCCUACCUUAGUUUUCAAAAUCUCCCACAAUGACUCUCCCUAUGUCAAGUCCAUUUAACUCCUGAGAGUCAACUUCUUGCUGAAAGCCAUGAGCGGGCAAGUGGCUGUGAUGUUUAGCCUCCUUCUAAGGCUGUUCUGAAGACUCUGGCUGUAGUGUCAAUUUUAAUUUUUUCAUUUUGAGCGUUAACCUGGGAGUCCUCUUUAGCCUUGUCUACAUUGAUGCCACCAAAUGCACCUUGGUUCAGGCAUGUUCAAAAACCUUUUUUCUGAGGGCUCUUUGUUGUUUGUUUUUUAACGUCUGAUGCAUAGGAUGUUAAUUUACUGUACAUUCCACCCACUCUUUUGCUAGUUUAAUCCCUCCAGUCGUUUCUAGACCCAAGCUCCCUACCUUUUUGCAUGUUGUACAGACCAACUUUGAAUUCUGCAUGACAAGCCAGGGAUUAUACGUUUGCUUGUUCUUGAACUGCAAAUUGCACCUGCUCCGAGCACUUUGUUGGUGGAUGCACAACCCCCCUCCCCCACAGCUCCCCGUCUCCCUCUCCCACCGAGUCUGACUCGCUAGUAGGCCUACUAGAUAAUGGAGGUGCUGGUGGUGAUGCUGAACUGGCGGGAUUAGCAGCGCUGCUAGCUAAGGCAUCGCCAUCAUGAACAGUUUGCCCCUCACUCCUCUCCUCCGGCACUGACAGUUCUCUGGCUUGUUCUGGGUUUGAUUCACCAUCUUUCUCUUAAUUUUUGGACUUGAAAAAUGUCAAACUGCCUUUUCUUAUCCAUUUUUAAUUUGGCUUUCCCACAAUUCAAAUUCAGUAGGGAGACGACUAGACUAGGCUAUGUGACGUGAUUACGUACAGUGCCUUGCAAAAGUAUUCAUCCCACUUGGCGUUUUUCCUAUUUUGUUUCAUUACAACCUGUAAUUUAAAUUGAUUUUUAUUUGGAUUUCAUGUAUUGGACAUACACAACAUAUUUCAAAUUGGUGAAGUGAAAUGAAAGAAAUAACUUUUUUCAAAGAAUUAUAGAAAAUAAAUAGCGGAAAAGUGGUGCGUGCAUAUGUAUUCACCCCCUUUGCUAUGAAGCCCCUAAAUAAGAUAUGGUGCAACCAAUUACCUUCAGAAGUCACAUAAUUAGUUAAAUAAAGUCCACCUGUGUGCAAUCUAAGUGUCACAUGAUCUGUCACAUGAGCUCAGCAUAUAUACACCUGUUCUGAAAGGCCCCAGAGUUUGCAACACCACUAAGCAAGGGGCACCACCAAGCAAGCGGCACCAUGAAGACCAAGGAGCUCUCCAAACAGGUCAGGGACGAAGUUGUGGAGAAGUACAGAUCAGGGUUGGGUUAUAAAAAAAUAUCAGAACAUCCCACGGAGCACCAAUAAAUCCAUUAUUAAAAAAUUUAAAGAAUAUGGCACCACAACAAACCUGCCAAGAGAGGGCCGCCCACCAAAUCUCACGGACCAGGCAAGGAGGGCAUUAAUCAGAGAGACAACAAAGAGACCAAAGAUAACCCUUAAGGAGCUGCAAAGCUCCACAGUGGAGAUUGGAGUAUCUGUCCAUAGGACCACUUUAAGCCAUACACUCCACAGAGCUGGGCUUUACAGAAGAGUGGCCAGAAAAAAGCCAUUGCUUAAAGAAAAAAUUAAGCAAACACGUUUGGUGUUCGCCAAAAGCCAUGUGGGAGACUCCCCAAACAUAUGGAAGAAGGUAUUCUGGUCAGAUGAGACUAAAAUUGAGCUUUUUGGCCAUCAAGAAAAAUGCUAUGUCUGGUGCAAACCCAACACCUCUCAUCACCCUGAGAACACCAGCCCCACAGUGAUGUAUGGUGGUGGCAGCAUCACGCUGUGGGGAUGUUCUUCAUCGGCAGGGACUGGCGGAUGAUGGAUGGCGCUAAAUACAGGGAAAUUCUUGAGGGAAACCUGUUUCAGUCUUCCAGAGAUUUGAGACUGGGAGGGAGGUUCACCUUCCAGCAGGACAAUGACCCUAAGCAUACUGCUAAAGCAACACUUGAGUGGUUUAAGGGGAAACAUUUAAAUGUCUUGGAAUGGCCUAGUCAAAGCCCAGACCUCAAUCCAAUUGAGAAUCUGUGGUAUGACUUAAAGAUUGCUGUACACCAGCGGAACCCAUCCAUCUUGAAGGAGCUGGAGCAGUUUUGCCUUGAAGAAUGGGCAAAAUCAUGUGCCAAGCUUAUAGAAACAUACCCCAAGAGACUUACAGCUGUAAUUGCUGCAAAAGGUGGCUCUACAAAGAAUUGACUUUGAGGGGGUGAAUAGUUAUGCACGCUCAAGUUCUGUUUUUGGUCUUAUUUCUUGUUUGUUUCACCCCAGAAAAUAUUUUGCAUCUUCAAAGUGGUAGGCAUGUUGUGUAAAUCAUAUGAUACAAACCCCCCAAAAAUCCAUUUUAAUUCCAGGUUGUAAGGCAACUAAAUACGAAAAAUGCCAAGGGGGGUGAAUACUUUCGCAAGCCACUGUAGGGACAUCUUCACUAGCUGACUACCACUACCAAGAACUGUGUCAAGAUAAGUUACUUACCCCACUUGCCCUCCCCAUAACCUCUAUGUACAAAUAAGAGACCAGGUCUGGAAUCAGUGUGGCAGCAUAGGAUGAUUACACAGAAGGAUCACCUUGCUUUUACAUGAUGGUCUUUCUGGGGGCGGGAGAAUAACGAGGAGGCAACUUGAUUUAAUGCUGAUUGCUUUUAUUAGAAUGUCUACAGUGAAAUAAUUAAUAAAUCAUGCCGCGAGUGGUACCAGAUCCGGGAAAAUAGGUGCUUGAACAAACAAAGUCAAAUCUGAUAGGUACAGGAUCUGGCAGGAUCCGGCUCAAAUUAAGCACUGCCUAUUAAUCCUUUAUCUGCAUGGGCAUCGGGGCAGAGACUAACCCUCCUACUACUGCCCACUCUGUGGUGAUGUGGCUGGGCUACUUUAACUCCACUGUCAACCCCAUCCUAUACCCGGCCCUGAACAGGGACUUCUGUAAGGCCCAUUGGGAGCUGCUGCGGUGCAGGGGGCCACGGUGGAGACACGUCCACAACUAUCUGUUUGUACCUACACAAACAAGUGUAUCUCUCUAACGGGCACGGAGACACUCAUCUGACCAAUGGCCACAGAGACGCCCUCCCCAGGACAAUCAGCCGGAGGGGAAGAGCAUCACCCUGCAGGAGAGCAAUGGCAGCACCAUCACUGACCAGACCAGGUAAAAUACACUGUUCAUCACAGAAUAGUAACAUACUGGAUAGGGAUCAGGUAACACAUAUAGGACACAUCAUAAAAGUACAUCAGACAAACAGUGUUAUGUUCUUAUUAUGUCACCAACAAGAGACCCUCUCUCUGUUUCACGUCCUAGCUCACCUUCUACUACCUGGCGUCUACCUGGUGACAGGUGAGACACAGACACAUAACAAAGGUGAGACAAACAGACACAGUCACACUGAUGUAUGCAGAGGUUUAAAAAGAAUUAUACAGAAAAAAAUCUCCACUGGACAAAAGUGAAGGAGACAUACAAACGGUGCAGUUGUGCAACAGCUUGUACACUAUGUCUGACUGAUAUGUCUGAUAAGUCAUCACCUACUUAUAAAACCAAGGAGGGUAAAGGGAACAAACUAAGAAGAUAAAGAGAACAUAGCCCGAGUCUAUAUUAACAGUCUGAAUAGCUGUGUCCAGGCUGAUCAUUUCCCCAGCUAACUGAUAGAGAUGUACAGUCGUGGUCAAAAGUUUUGAGAAUGACAAAGUAUUGGUCUUCACAAAGUUUGCUGCUUCAGUGUUUUUAGAUAUUUUUGUCAGAUGUUACUAUGGUAUACUGAAGUAUAAUUACAAGCAUUCCAUGUGUCAAAGGCUUUUAUUGACAAUUACAUUAAGUUUAUGUAAAGAGUCAAUAUUUGCAGUGUUGACCCUUCUUUUUCAAGACCUCUGCAAUCCGCCCUGGCAUGCUGUAAAUUAACUUCUGGGCCACAUCCUGACUGAUGGCAGCCCAUAAUCAAUGCUUGGAGUUUGUCAGAAUUUGUGGGUUUUUGUUUGUCCACCCACCUCUUGAGGAUUGACCACAAGUUCUCAAUGGGAUUAAGGUCUGGGGAGUUUCCUGGCCAUGGACCCAAAAUGUCGAUGUUUUGUUCCCCGAGCCACUUAGUUAUCACUUUUGCCUUAUGGCAAGGUGCUCCAUCAUGCUGGAAAAGGCAUUGUUCGUCACCAAACUGUUCUUGGAUGGUUGGGAGAAGUUGCUCUCGGAGGAUGUGUUGGUACCAUUCUUUAUUCAUGGCUGUGUUCUUAGGCAAAAAUGUGAGUGAGCCCACUCCCUUGGCUGAGAAGCAACCCCACACAUGAAUGGUCUCAGGAUGCUUUACUGUUGGCAUGACACAGGACUGAUGGUAGCGCUCACCUUGUCUUCUCCGGACAAGCUUUUUUCCGGAUGCCCCAACAAUCAGAAAGGGGAUUCAUCAGAGAAAAUGACGUUAUCCCAGUCCUCAGCAGUCCAAUCCCUGUACCUUUUACAGAAUAUCAGUCUGUCCCUGAUGUUUUCCUGGAGAGAAGUGGCUUCCUCGCUGCCCUUCUUGACACCAGGCCAUCCUCCAAAAGUAUUCGCCUCACUGUGUGUGCAGAUGCACUCACACCUGCCUGCUGCCAUUCCUGAGCAAGCUCUGCACUGGUGGUGCCCCGAUCCCGCAGCUGAAUCAACUUUAGGAGACGGUCCUGGCGCGUGCUGGACUUUCUUGGGCGCCCUGAAGCCUUCUUCACAACAAUUGAACCUCUCUUGAUGAUCCGAUAAAAUGGUUGAUUUACAGUGGGGAAAAAAAGUAUUUAGUCAGCCACCAAUUGUGCAAGUUCUCCCACUUAAAAAGAUGAGAGAGGCCUGUAAUUUUCAUCAUAGGUACACGUCAACUAUGACAGACAGAUUUUUUUUCUCCAGAAUUUUUAAAAAUUAAUUUAUUUGUAAAUUAUGGUGGAAAAUAAGUAUUUGGUCACCUACAAACAAGCAAGAUUUCUGUCUCUCACAGACCUGUAACUUCUUCUUUAAGAGGCUCCUCUGUCCUCCACUCGUUACCUGUAUUAAUGGCACCUGUUUGAACUUGUUAUCAGUAUAAAAGACACCUGUCCACAACCUCAAACAGUCACACUCCAAACUCCACUAUGGCCAAGACCAAAGAGCUGUCAAAGGACACCAGAAACAAAAUUGUAGACCUGCACCAGGCUGGGAAGACUGAAUCUGCAGUAGGUAAGCAGCUUGGUUUGAAGAAAUCAACUGUGGGAGCAAUUAUUAGGAAAUGGAAGACAUACAAGACCACUGAUAAUCUCCCUCGAUCUGGGGCUCCACGCAAGAUCUCACCCCGUGGGGUCAAAAUGAUCACAAGAACGGUGAGCAAAAAUCCCAGAACCACACGGGGGGACCUAGUGAAUGACCUGCAGAGAGCUGGGACCAAAGUAACAAAGCCUACCAUCAGUAACACACUACGCCGCCAGGGACUCAAAUCCUGAAGUGCCAGACGUGUCCCCCUGCUUAAGCCAGUACAUGUCCAGGCCCGUCUGAAGUUUGCUAGAGUGCAUUUGGAUGAUCCAGAAGAUGAUUGGGAGAAUGUCAUAUGGUCAGAUGAAACCAAAAUAGAAUUUUUUGGUAAAAACUCAACUCAUCGUGUUUGGAGGACAAAGAAUGCUGAGUUGCAUCCAAAGAACACCAUACCUACUGUGAUGCAUGGGGGUGGAAACAUCAUGCUUUGGGGCUGUUUUUCUGCAAAGGGACCAGGAUGACUGAUCCGUGUAAAGGAAAGAAUGAAUGGGGCCAUGUAUCGUGAGAUUUUGAGUGAAAACCUCCUUCAAUCAGCAAGGGCAUUGAAGAUGAAACGUGGCUGGGUCUUUCAGCAUGACAAUGAUCCCAAACACACCGCCCGGGCAACGAAGGAGUGGCUUCGUAAGAAGCAUUUCAAGGUCCUGGAGUGGCCUAGCCAGUCUCCAGAUCUCAACCCCAUAGAAAAUCUUUGGAGGGAGUUGAAAGUCCGUGUUGCCCAGCGACAGCCCCAAAACAUCACUGCUCUAGAGGAGAUCUGCAUGGAGGAAUGGGUCAAAAUACCAGCAACAGUGUGUGAAAACCUUGUGAAGACUUACAGAAAACAUUUGACCUGUGUCAUUGCCAACAAAGGGUACAUAAGAAAGUAUUGAGAAACUUUUGUUAUUGACCAAAUACUUAUUUUCCACCAUAAUUUGCAAAUAAAUUCAUUAAAAAUCCUACAAUGUGAUUUUCUGGAGAAAAUAAAUCUCAUUUUGUCUGUCAUAGUUGACGUGUACCUAUGAUGAAAAUUACAGGCCUCUCUCAUCUUUUUAAGUGGGAGAACUUGCACAAUUGGUGGCUGACUAAAUAUUUUUUUCCCCACUGUAGCUACCUAGCUAGUUAAUUCACUUGCUGACGUUAGCCUAAUGUUUAUUUCACUAUACCUAUCCGGUGUAUGUGACAAUAAACAAAUAUUUAAAAAUUGAUAACUUACAUGGCUAUCUAGCUAGACACAACACCAUACAUUGCAGCAUAGCCAGAAAUCGUUGGGCCUACAGAAAUAUGGGAGGGGUAAAGAUACAAAUCUCAUGCUAUGCUAUUGUACAUAUUUUGCCAUGAGGUUGAGAGAAAAUUUGUUUUAAAGCUAAUUUCCUCCAAUUCUACACAUUUUGCCAUGGGGCAGAAAGGAACAUGUGCAGUUUUAUAGCUAAUCUCAUGCUAUUCUACACGUUGCCAUUUGGCUGAGAGAAAAUGUUGCAUUUUUAAAGCUAAUUAAAGCUACAAUAUAGGUGUGUUGACUGUGAUGAAGGCACUGGAUUAUGAGCUGUCUUGUUUCCUAAAUGAAAUGAAAUGAACAAAUGAAGUAGGCAAUGUCAUGGUGCAAAUAACCAUAGAAGCACAGUGACAUAUGCCUCAAUGCGGUCAUAUUCGUGGCUUAUUGGGGGUAUGGCUGUCAGUUAUUUUUGGCCACCCAUAACGAGAGUGAAUGUCAUUCCAGUUCAUCUAAAUGUCAUUCCAGUUAGUCAAGGCUGCUGAGAGGAGGAUGGCUCAUAAUAAUGGCUGGAACGGAGCAAAUGGAAUGGCAUCAAACACAUGUGUUUGAUGUAUUUGAUACCAUUUCACCUAUUCCGCUCCAGCCAUUACCACGAGCCAGUCCUCCCCAAUUAAGGUGCCACCAAUGCCCUGUGAUUCCAGUGCACGGCUUGCUAUGAAUUAUAUCGGAUGGUGUUUGCAUGUUUAGGUAAAAAUACAAAUAAUGCCCCAUUUGGAACAUUGACAAGUAGAGAGCAUAUACAUACAUAUAUGUAUAUAUAUACAGUUGAAGUCGGAAGUUUACAUACACUUAGGUUGGAGUCAUUAAACCUUGUUUUUCAACGACUCCACACAUUUCUUGUUAACAAACUAUAGUUUUGGCAAGUCGGUAUGGGUGGUCCUCUGUAGCUCAACUGGUAGAGCACGGCGCUUGUAACGCCAAGGUAGUGGGUUCGAUCCCCGGGACCACCCAUACACAAAAAUGUAUGCACGCAUGACUGUAAGUCGCUUUGGAUAAAAGUGUCUGCUAAAUGGCAUAUUAUUAUUAUUAUUAUUACAUCUACUUUGUGCAUGACAUAAGUAAUAUUUCCAACAAUUGUUUACAGACAGAUUAUUUCACUUAUAAUUCACUGUAUCACAAUUUCAGUGGGUCAGAAGUUUACAUACACCAAGUUGACUGUGCCUUUAAACAGCUUGGAAAAUUCCAGAAAAGGAUGUCAUGGCUUUAGAAGCUUCUGAUAGGCUAAUUGAAAUCCUUUGAGUCAAUUGGAGGUGUACCUGUGGAUGUAUUUCAAGGCCUACCUUCAAACUCAGUGCAUCUUUGCUUGACAUCAUGGGAAAAUCAAAAGAAAUCAGCCAAGACCUCAGAAAACAAAUUGUAGACCUCCACAAGUCUGGUUCAUCCUUGGGAGCAAUUUCCAAACGCCUGAAGGUACCACGUUCAUCUGUACAAACAAUAGUACGCAAGUAUAAACACCAUGGGACCAUGCAGCCGUCAUACAGCUCAGGAAGGAGACGCGUUCUGUCUCCUAGAGAUGAACGUAUUAUGGUGCGAAAAGCUAGACUACGGUUUUCAACUGCACAUGGGGACAAAGAUCGUACUUUUUCGAGAAAUGUCCUCUGGUCUGAUGAAACAAAAAUAUAACUGUUUGGCCAUAAUGACCAUCGCUUUGUUUGGAGCAAAAAGGGGGCUGCUUGCAAGCCGAAGAACACCAUCCCAACCGUGAAGCACGGGGGUGGCAGCAUCAUGUUGUGGGGGUGCUUUGCUGCAGGAGGGACUGGUGCACUUCACAAAAUAGAUGGCAUCAUGAGGAAGGAAUAUUAUGUGGAUAUAUUGAAGCAACAUCUCAAGACAUCAGUCAGGAAGUUAAAGCUUGGUCGCAAAUGGGUCUUCCAAAUGGACAAUGACCCCAAGCAUACUUCCAAAGUUGUGGCAAAUUGGCUUAAAGACAACAAAGUCAAGGUAUUGGAGUGGCCAUCACAACGCCCUGACCUCAAUCCUAUAGAACAUUUGUGGGCAGAACUGAAAAAGCGUGUGCGAGCAAGGAGGCCUACAAACCUAACUCAGUUACACCAGCUGUCAGGAGGAAUGGGCCAAUAUUCACCCAACUUAUUGUGGGAAGCUUGUGGAAGGCUACCCGAAACGUUUGACCCAAGUUAAACAAUUUAAAGGCAAUGCUACCAAAUACUAAUUGAGUGUAUGUAAACUUCUGACCCACUGGGAAUGUAAUGAAAGAAAUAAAAGCUGAAAUAAAUAAUUCUCUCUACUGUUAUUCUGACAUUUCACAUUCUUAAAAUAAAGUGGUGAUCCUAACUGACCUAAGACAGGGAAUUCUUACUAGGAUUAAAUGUCAGGAAUUGUGAAAAAUUUAGUUUAAAUGUAUUUGGCUAAGGUGUAUGUAAACUUCCGACUUCAACUGUAUAUUCACAGUGCAUUCGGAAAGUAUUCAGACCCCUUGACUUUUUUUAGAUGUUGUUACGUUACAGCCUGAUUCAAAAAUUAAUUACAUUACAUAUUUUCCUCAUCAAUCUACUCACAAUACCCCAUAAUGACGAAGUGAAAAUGGGUUUUUAGAAAUUGUAAUAAUAAAAAAAUAAAAACAAUAUACCUCGUUCACUUAAGUAUUCAGACCCUUCGCUAUGAGACUCGGAAUUGAGCUCAGGUGCAUCCUGUUUCCAUUGAUCAUCCUUGAGAUGUUACUGCAACGUGAUUGGAGUCCACCUGUGGUCAAUUCAAUUGAUUGGACAAUAUUUGGAAAGGCACACACCUGUCUAUAUAAGGUCCCACAGUUGACAGUGCAUUGAUGGUCACUGACAGAGCUUCAGAGUUCCUCUGUGGAGAUGGGAGAACCUUCCAGAAGGACAACCAUCUCUGGAGCACUCCACCAAUCAGGCCUUUAUAGUAGAGUGGCCAGAUGGAAGCCACUCCUCAGUAAAAGGCACAUGACAGCCCACUUGGAGUUUGCUAAAAGGCACCUUAAAGGACUCUCCGACCAUGAGAAACAAGAUUCUCUGGUCUGAUGAAACCAAGAUUGAACUCUUUGGCCUGAAAGCCAAGCGUCAACGACCCUAAGCACACAGCCAAGAAAAUGCAGGACUGGCUUCGGGACAAGUCUCUGAAUGUCCUUGAGUGGCCCAGCCAGAGCCCGGACUUGAACCCGAUCGAACAUCUCUGGAGAGACCUGAAAAUAGCUGUGCAGCAACGCUCCCCAUCCAACCUGACAGAACUUGAGAGAAUCUGCAGAGAAGAAUGGAAGAAACUCCCCAAAUACAGGUGGGCCAAGCUUGUAACGUCAUACCCAAGAAGACUCGAGGCUGUUCUGAGUAAAGGGUCUGAAUACUUAUGUAAAUGCGUUAUUUCAGUGUUUUAUUUUUAAUACAUUUGCAAAAAUGUCUAAAAACCUGUUUUUGCUUUGUCAUUAUGGGGUAUUGUUUGUAGAUUGUUUUCUUUCCUCGUCAAUGUAAUCAAUUUUAGAAUAAGGCUGUAACGUAGCCACUGUGGAAAAAGUCAAGGGGUCUGAAUACUUUCCGAAUGCACUGUAGGCCUAUGCAUAUGCAUAAGCCUCUAAUAUGCUGUAUGGGGGUUAAUUAAUCAUCACCUUAGAAAGCACUGUCCAUUUCGUUGUGUUUGGAUUUGAAACAACAUCCACAACAACCAUGUUUUCCACUCAAUUUCAACCUGUGGUGAGUUUUAAAAGCAUGAUACUGUUUUGAUGAUACUUGUUUGACCUGAUUUUCGAUUGCAUUUGCAUUGAUGUCAGAGUGGUUAGAGGGACAAUAGAGCGCUGAGUACCAGGCCACUAAUGACCAUUGUUAGCGAGUUGUGGCGGUAAUACGUCACCGCAACAGCCCAACACGUGGUCCACUUAUAUCAGUGCAUUCGUAACAACAUAACCAUUACGAAACUUCUAUUCAAUCAAAUAAGCCUUCCGUACCAAAUUUGGCACACUCAUUGACCUCCAUAUAAAAAUUCCUCACUUCGUGGACUUAUUUUUUGUGGACAGAUUUUGGGCAGAGUAAAACCUCUCGCUUCGCAUCUUCCUCUCUGGAUUAGACCUUGAGUCAAUCGUGCCUCAAACAUUUUGCUUUAGUUUACAUGUUUUCUUUGCUGAUCUGGCAAGCAGUAUCUGGGAUCAGCUGAUCACUAGCUAGCUGCUGCUACAAGUCUGAAGUUGCGCUAGGGGCACUCCCACUAUUGCCUGGCUACCCAGACUCCUUGCUUCAGCUAAACGCUACACCACGCCCACAGACGUUAGUUUACAGAACAGCAAAAUAAUUGAGUGUUAGUCUUCAGGCUACUCUCACUAUCCUCCUGCUCCUGCUCAGAGACAUUUAAUUUAAUCUGUGUUCCAGACCGUCUACAAGGCAAUCAUGCUGCACAAAUAAAUACAUACAUGACUAAUCUGGCAUGAUGUGAGGGGUAGGGAUUGUUUGUAUGGUACUGGAUACAUUUGUUUUCAGCAAUAGUCCGGUAUUUUGUUGGAAACUAACAUUUUGUUAGACUUGGAAUGAUCAGACGUUAUGAAUUGAAUCAAACACUGAUUUAUUUAUUUUCUCAUUCUCUCCACCCCACUUCAGCUUAGUAUGUCCAUGGGUAAUACAAUUCCAUCUCCUGCCAUUCCUAGGUUCUGUAUGUGCAUUAUAAGACAGGUAAUGGCAGACUUGCACUUUGGCCACAUAGUCUGUAUUCUGCUUCUGAUUCAGUGGUAGGCUUUGUGCAACAAAGGGGGAUGACAUUAUGACAUUAUUAGUUAUCCUUUGUGACAUCACAGAAGUCUGUGACAAUUUCAGUUGACACAGUGGCACUAUUUCACUGACACCAACAAGGUAGGUUUUUAGGGAAUUCACAAUAUGGACACAUAUUGGUAGAUAAUACAUUCUCUCCAUACUUGAUCACCAUUCUGCACAGUGCCUACAUUAUCUCAGGCUAAAAUAAAUAAAUAUUUUCAGGGACACAUCCCACCACCCCCUCCCCAGGAAUGAUGUUGCCCAGCUUGCAGAACUAUGUGGACAGGUUGAUGUUUGAGGGCCAGUGUGCAGACUGUGCGUUGGUGAACGUCCGUACCCGCAGGGUGAUGGCAGCCACCCCAGGGGGAUCACUGGAACACCUGACCCGGCGUGAGAUUAGGAGGAUACUGGCCAGAGAGAGAGAGGCCAUCCAGACACAGGGAGUGAGCCUGGGGGGGCUGCGCUGUACUCUGUUGAGGGACAAAAUGGUCACCCCAGGAGAGAGGUCCAUGGACCUGCGCACCAAGCAAAGGCCCAGCCGGGGUGUCAGCAGCGAAUUCCUCAACCACAAGGCCUAUCAGAUGGCUGCAUGCCUUCGCAAUGCAGGAUCAUCACAACUUGCUUGA